CGCUCAGCGAAUCAAACGGCGCCGUUGGAUGCUGCGACAGCUCUCCCAGAGUUUGAAUCAGCCGGUCGGACCCGCUGUGUGAAUAGAGCAAGCCCGGAGUGCAGAGCGGCCAGAGAGCGGGGAUAGAGCGGCCAUGCUGACCGUCUCCACACCGAGACCUGCGGCUUCACCGAGCGGCCGUCCUUCGGAGGACCCCCCGGUCCUCUCUCUCACACACUUCUCCCGGCCGCCCUUCGUCAGUUUCGGCUGUGUCCGGACCGGCACGGCUCGCAGCUCCCGGCUCCUGCUGCAGAACCCCAACCCGGAGCCAGUCCGGGUCACCGUACACAGACUGCCCGAACAGCGCGGCUUCACCGUGUCCCACACCGACAUCCUCAUAGCGGUUAGUGCGGGGAGGGAGACCUGGGAGCUGGGCGGAGGGCGGCUGUACUGAUGGGUAUACAACCGGGUAUACUGACACUGUAACACCCGGGUAUACUGACACCGUAACACCCGGGUAUACUGACACUGUAACACCCGGGGUAUACUGACACUGUAACACCCGGGGUAUACUGACACUGUAACACCCGGGGUAUACUGACACUGUAACACCCGGGUAUACUGACACUGUAACACCCGGGUAUACUGACACUGUAACACCCGGGUAUACUGACACUGUAACACCCGGGGAUACUGACACUGUAACACCCGGGGAUACUGACACUGUAACACCCGGGGUAUACUGACACUGUAACACCCGGGGUAUACUGCCACUGUAACACCCGGGGUAUACUGCCACUGUAACACCCGGGGUAUACCGACACUGUAACACCCGGGGUAUACCGACACUGUAACACCCGGGGUAUACUGACACUGUAACACCCGGGGUAUACCGACACUGUAACACCCGGGGUAUACCGACACUGUAACACCCGGGGUAUACCGACACUGUAACACCCGGGGUAUACCGACACUGUAACACCCGGGGUAUACCGACACUGUAACACCCGGGGUAUACCGACACUGUAACACCCGGGGUAUACCGACACUAACCGUAACACCCGGGGUAUACCGACACCGUAACACCCGGGGUAUACCGACACCGUAACACCCGGGGUAUACCGACACCGUAACACCCGGGGUAUACCGACACCGUAACACCCGGGGUAUACCGACACCGUAACACCCGGGGUAUACCGACACCGUAUCAUCUUGUCUAUAAAUGAAGUUAGUGAAUAAUUUUUGGAUGCAGCUGUCUUCAGUAUCUGUUAACUUGAAGAUGCUGAUGAUGGGAUAACACUUUGUGUUGCUGCUGACGUUAUAGAUGGAGUAGAAAGAGAACUUCUUGAACGAGAACGUUGAGAAAAACUAUGCGCAUUGUCAUCAUUGUUGUCCUAUUCACUUCGAUCCAUGAAGGAUUUUUUAAUAUCUACAGGACACUUGUUACACACAAUGUGUUUUGUCAUCCUGGUAGCAUUUAGAAAUGCAUAUUUCAUCUGACAAAAUUUGCAAAUCAUAUUUUUCUUUUCAGAAGAACUUGUAAUGUGAAAAUGCCUCCAUAUGCUAGAUGUUGGUCUCACCAUUUUUCUGAGGGGAGUAGGAAAUAAAAACAAGAAAAAAUCACUACUUUGCAAGAAGACACUAAUCUGUGUGUGUGUGGGGUCACCGGGGGAAGAGCCAGAUUACUGGUAAAACUGAAACCUUUUUCUUGUUACAAUAACUGCACCUCCUAAAGGAAGACAUGCAUACUGUUCUUGCAUUGGAGGGUUCAGAUUGUUACCUAGGACUAGCUUGUCCUCACUCAGUGCACAGAUAUUAGAAUAAUCUGAUUUCUUUUUUUUAGAACUGAUUUGGAAAAUAUUUGAACACCCUGUCUUAAAAUAUUUUAUUCAUCAUGUUAAAAUAUUCCACAAUUUUUUUUUAAAUUUUUUUUUCAAAUUUUUUGAAAAAACCCAAAAAGCCUUCAGUGAAAAACAGGAAAAAAACUUUUUUUUUUUUUUUUUUCUUUUACUUCCCGAAUGGCCAGCGGUGUUCAGCGCCCAAACUAUGGAACUGGAAACGGACACUUAUUUGCGCGAACACUGCUGAGCUGCCAGCCUCCUUACUUCUGCAUUCGGUAAUAUAACCGAAUGCCUAUUCAUUUGGUAAUUUAACCCUAUGAAUCGCAUCACCCCAGAUAGCCAUGCCAAGGAGCCUAUUCGUGUAACGACAGUCUAUGGGAAAAACUUUGGCUCCAUGGCAAUUGAACUAUAUGUAUGUGAUCUGAGCACCAUUUGGUAAUGUGCGCUCAGAACUAAGCUAUCUGGUGAUAUGUAGAAUGUAUGUGUUUUAUUCAUUAUUUGCAACAUUGGGAAUGUUGUGUCUUUUUACUAACAUAUGCUCAAUGGAGUUUUGCCUCUGCCCUUGGAGAUUAUUGGAUUACUUCCCAAUUAUCUCCAGGAUAGAGAGGAGGGAUUGUGAUGCAUUGUGGGAGUGUUUAAAGGUGUGUGUCUGUCUGUGAUUGGUCAAUGCCCAAUAUGUUUCCCAGUCUUCCAUCUGGUCCCCUAGGGGAGUGUCCACCAGGCGGAAGACCUGCAUAAAAGCCGGGCAGGUAGCCCCAGUAAAUCAGUUCUGCUUGACCCUCAAACAAAGUGUCGUCUCGUUCUUGGGGUGGAAUUGGAUUGUAUGCUGUUACAGUGUGGUUUUUCCUGUUCGGCUGUUUAACAGCAUUCGUGUGUUUCCGGUUCGGGAGUUGGGGAAUUCGCGUGUUUCCGGUUCGGGAGAUCGCCUAAACGGUUUUUAACCUCAAGUGUGCAAAACGGUCCGUUACACUGACACUAUAACACCUGGGUAUACUGACACUAUAACAUCUGGGUAUAGAGCCGGGCACAGUGACAUAACAUCUGGGUAUAUUGACAUUAUAGCUACUGGGUAUACUGACAUUAUAAUUUCUGGGUAUGGAGCCGUGCAUAGUGACAUUAUAGCUACCGGGUAUUCUGGCAUUUUCUGUACUGUGUAUGGUGACAUUAUCUGUGUCUGGCAUGGUGACACUUUCUGUGCUGAGCAUAGAGGAGGGCAUAGUGACAUGCUGCUUACUCUGCUCAGUUGGGGAGGGUAACAAACUACAUCCUUGGGGGCUUGCUGUAUGUUUAUUUGGGCAGGGUGACACAUUACCUCAAUUGUGCUUAGCUGGGCAGGGUAACAAGUGGUGUCUCUAGCGAUUUGAUGCACUUAGCUGAGCAAGGUGACACACUGCUACUCAUUGAGCUGGGCAGGGUGACACACUAUGUCUCUCGUGACUGAAUUUCCUGGUGACCUGCUGCCAUCUGGUGCCUCUUGCUUGGUGAUAAUUUUUGCACUGGAUACCAAGUGACUUGUGGUGUUCAACUGGUCAGAGUGCACACUGCUUGUUGGGCAUAUAGCUGCAAUCAGGAUGGCACAGUGACACUUUUCAGUGGCUCUCUCUGUGCUCAACUGGCAAAGCCAGCACAUCACCUCCUGGGGUUUGCAGCAAUUUCAUGGACAGGGAUACAUGCUGCCUCCUUGGCACCUUUUUGAUUUCAGUUGUGCAAGGCAAGAGGACGCCUCCUGGGUUGCUUUCUGCCCUCAGCAAGGCAAUGUGCAUAACAUGUGAUAUCCCUCAAUUGCAAGGCUAAGCUUAGGGUAGCUGAUGUAAGCUCUUAUGCAUGAGGUUCCGGAGAAAAGUGACCAGUGUCUGGCAGAGCCCAGAUAUGUUGUCAAAGAGUUUGACAGGGCACUCCUGGAACCAAAAUAACUAGCAUGCUGUAGUGGUUAUGGUGAUUGUAUAGUUUUAAUACUGCUGAAUGCCAAUGAUGCUGUCUAAAUCAACUUUUCUUUUGUUUUAUUUUAUUAUAAAUCCAGGCUUCUGAAACGAUUCCAUUGACCGUAACAUGGACUCCAUUAGAGGAAGGGGCCGUUCGCGAGCUUAUUACUUUUGUUGUAAAUGAUGUAGUAAAGCAUCAAGCUGUUCUGUUGGGACGAUCCGAGGCACCCACCAAGAAAAAAGUAAGUUUGUAAGAUUAUAAAAAUAUUAUCCAUAGGCUCGUAUUUUAUCAUAAAUGACGUGCCACUACUUGUAUUCUUAUUCAAACCAUUGCAAAUGUUACUUUAAUUAUCUUCAUUUACAUACAAGUGCUCUGUAUCAAUUCAAUUAUUUUUUUUGUAUCUUGCACUGAUUCCACCAUCUACUCCCUAAUGCUCCCACUCACCUGCGUUCCAUUGGUCUAUUUAUGGGGGCACAUUAAUGUUAAAUCAUUUAGGUGCUUAAUACUUAAACUUGAACAGUAAAUUCAUAUCAAAAGGAAAUGGAGAGAGUACCUAUCAGAAAAAGUGAAUGAACUAUCACUAAAUAUAAACUGUACAAAUAAAGUACAUAUAGUGAUAAAGCAAAUGAAAAUAACAAAUAACUUUAUUAAAUAUAAGUAUUAAAAAGAAAUAAAGAAUGGAACACUAAUAAACUGAUAAAAUCAAACAUACAAAACGAUAUCCCAAAAUGGGAGAAUAUGACUGAUGUCUCAAGUUACAAAAAUACUAAUCUGCACACGUCUGUGCAGAGUAAAAAGGAGAGGGGGGGGGGCGGGGGGGGGCUAAAGGAAAGGACGCCAAAAAUAGUGAAUGGAAACUAAAAUAGUAAGGAACUUAUCCACAUAUAUGGGUGUUAUUGCAAAGAGCUAGUUAAAAAAGAAAUGAUAAUAUAUAUAAAUGAGGGGAAAAUUAAGAUCGGCAAAAAUGAAAAAAGCUGGAUAGCUACAUCAUACAGUACUGUCAGAAUAGUUAAAAAACACUAAAGAUAGAAUACCCAAUGAUAAUGUUAACUAGAAGAUAUCCGAUACCGGGCUAUUAAUAUCUGUAUCGAAAUCGAAAAGAACAGUGAUAGUCCUAACAAUGCACGGCUGAGCUGGUAUAAGACUGUUGUUGCAGAAUUGGAAUGCAGCGUUCAGUUCUGUAUACAGCACCAAAACUAACGUUGUAGAAAUAGUCGAUACUAUAUUAUGAGCACAGAUAUUGCCAGAUAGAUACAAAGUUAUCAAGUAAGAGAUACUGACAGGUAGAGUACUGUAUAAUACAGAGUAGCGUUAACUAGAUGGUAGUAGGAGCAAAGAAGAAUUCUGGCAGAGAGCCUAUAUUUAAGUUAUUUGUUUUCAUUUUACAUUUGCUUUAUCACUAUAUGUACUUUAUUUGUACAGUUUAUAUUUAGUGAUCGUUCAUUUACUUUUUCUGAUGGGUACUCUCUCCAUUUUCUUUUGAUAUGCAUUUCUACUAGGGGUUACCCCCCUGUUUUGAGUUUACCUAGGCUGUACUUCUAUCUAAUUGUUUUGAACAGUAAAUUGUCACAAAUCUUAUAGUGCUUCAAGUCAUUUUACACCGUGGGAAUGCUAGUGGGGCACUAAGACGGGAGAGCCUGGUUAUGACCUUGAGCUUUGUUUGUAGCAAAAUGUCCUCCAAAAUAUUGUUGUGAUCUUAAGAAGUUUGCAUUUAUUUGUUCUCUAACCGUAUUAUCGUGUGUGUAUAUAUUUUAUGUUAAUGUUCAAAUUUGGUUGCUUUUAGAAUGUGCAUGGAAAACUAAGGAACACCAUGAAAAAGAGAGGGGUGCUUUUGGGACCAAAAGUUCCUGUAACAAAGAGGACAGAACUUGCUCUCAAAGGCAUCAGCAAAACUGAUCAUAAAAGCCAGGAAAGCACGUAUGGAAAAAUCGGGAGGGCGCGGAGUCCUUUACUCUCCUGUGAAAACUAUACUCGUACAGUAAAAAUAGCUUCUCCACAAUGUGUGCAACCUGAUGUUGAAAACAGAACACCCGUUGUCCAUCCAAGUCUACUUGCUGAAGAUAAGCAUGUUUUCACUGACAGUUCCUUAAGAAGAUCAAAAACCUAUUCUGUCUUGUGCGUAACAGAGUGCAGUGAGACUUUAGAGGAGACAACUAUGUCUAGGACGCUGAGACAACUUCAUAUUGAUGAGGAUUGGACUUUUAAUGACCAAAUACCAAGAAAAAGUUCUAUGUCGCCUAUAAAUCCAGCAAUAAACCGACCACUCAAUGUUACAUGCACUCCUAUUGCAACUAUGUUGUCUCCUACAUAUCCUGGGCUCUCUCCCACUGAAUUUUAUAAUCCCAAGACUAUUCAGACUGGUGCAUCAACACAUAUUGAGCUUCAUGUAGAAGAUACAAGUUCUUAUAAGGAGUCCUCUCAAGAUGGUGUCAGUAUUACCAGCUCUCGAACAAAUUCACCAUCCGCUGUGCUUCUGACUUCUCAAAGAACCGUUUCCAGCCCAGAUUCUUUAGCGAGCAAUGGUUAUUUUCGUAAUGAAGUCCAGCACACACCAUAUCUUUCACCAGAUCAGUUUGUUAAAGAGAAUUGUAUUACUUUGCAGUCUGUAUCACAGUUUGAAUUGUCAUUGCAGUCCUUAACUCCUUCCAAAGACUCAAUGUCCUCUUUCACAGAUGAAGAAGAUAAGACAUGGCAGUUGGUUAGUGAACAUGUGGACUUCAAAUCUUCCUGUAAUGUUGAUUCAGCAACUUCCAGAUUGACUUAUUGCGUUAAAAAGAAGCGAAGUGAGCUAAUGCCAGUGGAAGAAACCUGUCAUAAUGAACCUAAAAAGCCCCCAAUUGACUGUGCAACUGUUAUCAAAACAAAAGCCAGUGAUUGCAAUGACAACUCCAAUAAGCCCAUACGGAAGUCCCGCAGGAGACUUGAGAACAUAGAAUUGGAAACUGAUAAAAAGUUCCAUUCUCGUGUUUGCCAAAGCUUGCCUAUUAUAUCCACCAAUCAAAAUGAGUCUGGAGAAGCUUAUAAUAUAACUGCGCCCACAUCUAUUGUGCUUGGCCAAAAAAGAAAAAGUGAUGACUUUACCACAACUACUAAUGCAGCUAAGGAACACUUCACGGAGGUGUUACCACAUGCCAAGAAGAUUAAUCUCUCUAAAACUACCGUCGCACAAGUAGGCAUCAAAGAGAAGCCAAGCCAACACAAAAGAGCAGGUAAGACUUCUAGUACAAAUGUAGAGAAAACCAUAUUCGACCUCUCUUUAAUAUGCUAUAUAUUCUUUAAUCUUUCUGAAAGCAAUGUUGGUCUCUGUGGUAGUUUGCAUGUUUCCUUGGUCCAUGUAAAAUAAAUUCCCUCUGUCCCGGCUGUCCUUUUAUUUGUUUCUCUGACUUCAUCUUGAUCAGAAGUCUCCAACCUUGGCUCCCUAACUUUUGUUUGCAUACCCAUGGAAAAUGGCAGUUUAUUUGGAAUACUAAAUGUUGUCUAAAUAUUUCACCAUCACUUACAGUAAUGAUUACAAAGUCCAUAAUGGUCUAAUUAUGAGCCAUAUUAAUAUAUUUUAUAUCACCGGAAACACUUAAUGUUAAUGUACAGAGAUGUAUAUGACUGAUAUAACUACGGUUAAAAGAACACUCCAUUGCCCAAACACCAUAAAUAAAAUAAAAAUCAUAGUUUAGUAGAUAUUCCCUCAAUGAAGUGAUGUGGACAUGUUCGUGUGUUUUUUUUUUUAUUUUUAUUUUUUAUGGUGGCAAAAUUAGCCACUCUUGGAAUGAAUACAAUUGACGUACGCCGUAGUGUUCCUUGUAAUGUAAAGUCAUAAAUUCUGAUAUACAUCUAUAUCUUUAUAUGACAUGAGAUUUUGAGGGAGAGAAGUAUUGAAAACAACUUUUGAGCACAAAAUGCUGCCUUCAUCCAUUUGAUUAGAUGCUUGUUGAAUUCUGCAUGCUCUGCAAUUCCAUUGGAGCCCAUCUACCAUUAAUUUUACUCAGUUUGGCAUAUAUCUAUAUUGCUACUUCUGUUCGGUUUGAAAUGUGCAUCAUGGAUCAUAUUGAGAAUUUUUUUUUUUUUUUUUUUUUUUUAACUAGUAAAGUCUCCUGGAAAACGUGGAGCUUUGAAAGCAAAAUCUACCAUGGUAAAAACGUGUAGGAAAGGUAUGUGAAUGUUUCGCUGCAACAUGUGUAUAUGUGCCUAUCUAUUUUUUAUUUAUUUUUUUAAACUGAUUCUCAAAUCACCCACACAAGUAUAUCUUUGGGAAAAAUAUGUACAAAGGAUCAGCGCUAAUAUACUAGAUCUUACAGAGAUAAAUAUAAGGCAGCACACCUGAAAAAUAGGGCUCCCUCACAGGCCCUGUAGAGUAGACAAAACUAAAAAAAGUGAAGGGGGAGGCGGCACCACAGGUGGGAAAAAGAAACACGAGCGAGAGAAAAUACAUAUAACAUUAAAAAACAAAAAGAGUUUGAAAUAUGAAUAAUAGUCAAGAGUCCAAAAAGUAAGUCCAAAGGAGUCUAUGCCUGAUAAAUACAGCCUAAAUAAAACCUUGCAUAAGACGUCAAUCACACUCUUGUUAGGGGAAGUAUUCCUUAGUAAGGCAUGGGAUAUUCAUGAAAUCCAUAUGAAAAAAUAAAGACACCAAAUAAUGGUGCAGUAUAUCCCAACCGGUACUAAGUACUAUUUUUAAGAGGUCUAUAUGGUCCUACUCAUGGUUUCCAGAGCUAUAAGAUUAGCUCUAGUGUGGAUGGCAUACAGUGGUACAAUCCCCAAUUAUGGGAUACAUGAAGUUUUGUAGUAGAUGGAUAUCUUGUUGGUAUAAGGACUAUAUGAAAUAUAAAAGAAACAAUAAUAGUGCUUAUUGUAUAAAAGCCAGAGGUGAAAAAAUACAAUACCAAGUGGUUACUCACAUUUUAUUGAGCAGGCAGACUGCUCAAUGGAUAAAGCUUGAGUGGUAUAAUCCCCACCAAGGAUUCUUUGGAGUAAAUUCUAUCUGGAACAAUAAAAACUCUGGUGGCAGGUAAAAAUAAAUGAGUAAAAUGGGGAGAAAUGCAUUGUGGUAUUUUAAUUGCUGUUUUUUAUUAAAGGUAUUUAUACCAACAAGAGAUCAAUCUACUACAAAACUUCACAUAAGGGGGGAUUGUACCACUGUAUGCCAUCCACACAUACAUACAUUUUCAUGAUCUAAAGCAAUACAAAGAUCUGUCACACCAAGCUGCAUUGUGAGCAGCUGUGUGCGCAUCAAUUGUGUGUGUGUGUGUGUGUGUGUGUAUAUAUAUAUAUAUAUAUAUAUAUAUAUAUUGGCACUCACCCUUACUGUUACAAUAUGGAGUCCAAUGCCGUGGUGCAAUCCCACGCUGAAAUAGUAUAGUAGAUAGGUAUGAAGGAUGCACUCUUCGGUCUUUAAAUUUUCCAAAAUUAUUUAUUUCAUUAUUUAAAAUGUGACAAGUUGAUCGACGUUUCGACCCAUUCGGGUCUUCCUCAAGAUCAAUACAUACAUUUAAAAACAUGAUUUAUAUAAGAAGAGAUAUACAGUACUCACCAAUAGUGUUUGUAACCCUCCUCCCCCUGCUCGGAACCCGGAAGUGUCCGACGGGCACCACGUGGGCUGCGUGAUGACGUAACCACGUUCAACAUACGUAAAAGACGUAGUUGCUAAGGAACUAAGUGUAAAUAAUUAGAGAUUAUUCUAGCGUCAGUGACCUAAUAAUCUAAAUUUUAUUAAAGACAGGAGGCGAAUAUUUGCUUUACUUCCUUUACUGUUCCUCCCAGCAGCAAAGAAACAGUUAACAGAUUGAAAAAAGGAAACAACCAAUCAGAACACAUCUAGUCAUUAAUAAGUGGCUGUGAAACUCCUCCCAAUUCCUCUUUCUUGAUGUAGCCGGAGUGAUGUCAACCAUGUAAACUGGAACGAAUAAUCUUAACGAAACUGGAAGUUGGGACAACAUAUCCUCAACGAUGUCGUCAUGCAGAGGGGUGAAGGCUCUUUCACACUAGAAAAAAAGAAGAGAAACUCGUGAAAGUAUGGUGUGAUUGGCAAGGUGCCUAUACAUACAAAUGCCUAGUUUGAAAAUGUUUUAAUGAAAACUUCUGGAAUAUUACACAUAUCCCUAGUGAUAUAUAUGUGGAUGAAAGAAUGAGCUUAUGAACCAAAACCAAAAACUACAGCAGUAUGCACACCCUACCUGUGUAUCCCAUUCUGAAGAAAAGGGGAGGGGACGUGCGAAAAAAAGAAAAAGAACAAAACAAAACCUGAGCGCACGUAGGGUGGGAAAAUAUUCGCCUCCUGUCUUUAAUAAAAUUUAGAUUAUUAGGUCACUGACGCUAGAAUAAUCUCUAAUUUUAUGGCAAGACAGGAGGCUUCAUAUUUGCUGUUUUAACGCCCAGAGAGCAAAUGAAAACCCGGAUGAGUUUGAGGCCGGAAAUAAAACGUACGAAAGGUAGAUUCCCUUGACCAAUCUGCCGAGGUCAAAAUAUCCGAAAGGGAACUCCCAGAGGUAAAGGCGGAGGAUGCGGCCGCGCCCCGUACUGAAUGAGCGCCAAAGGGCGGUUCUACGCCCGCAAGGCGGAGGAGCCACCUGAUCCACCGAGCAAUAGUGGGACAAGACACCGGACGGUGAGGACGAACGUAGGACACAAAAAGAGGUCCCGACGGGGGCCGAAGCGGCGAUGUAAGAGUAACGUACCGUUGUAAACAAAGGGCAACACACAGAGAAGGUCUGUCUGGGAAGUAUGGAUAAAAGACGGAGGAUGUUGGAAUCUUAGUGCGACGGACAACAGAGAAGCGUACUCCCUCGGGAGUGAAAGUAAUUGCAUGAAGGUCGAAGGCUUUGAUGUCGGAAACCCGACGUAGAGAAAUCAAGCAAAGUAGCAGGGCUAACUUGGCAGAGAGUUGGCGUAAGGAUAGCUCUGAGUUGGGAGGCCAGGUCUCCAGAAAGGAUAAGACUUGUGCCACAUCCCAAAAAUGGGUGUAACGGGGUGCCGGAGGUCUGGCAAGACGGAUGCCCCGUAGGAGCCUGCACACGGAAGGGUGUUGUCCGACAGGGAGUGUAUUGAUCGGACUAUGAGCAGCCGAGAUGGCAGAGCGGAAAAGGUUUAUAGUACGAUAAGAUUUGCCACUGUCAAAAAGAGAGGACAGAAAAUUCAUAAUAUUCACCAGAGUCGUUGAAAAGGGAUCAAUAUCCCUUUCCAAACACCAGCGAGCCCAGGCUGACCACGCCGAAAGGUAUGACUUUCGGGUGCCUGGGGCCCAUGAAUCCCAGAGGAGGUUGCGAGCUGAGCCUGAAAGGCCCGGGACGAACCAGGAUCCCCUGAAACGGUCCAGGCCACCAGUUGGAGGUGUCCCCGGAUGGCCAGGGGAUGAUAUGCUCCGAAUGGGUCUCGGAGAAGGUCUGGGGUGAGGGGUAAAAGCAGAGGGUAGUCUGCGGACAUCUCUAAGAGGUUGGGGUACCAGGGUUGGGCUCUCCAAAGGGGAGUUAUUAACAGGAUCCCGACUCCCAGAACCCUGAGACGGUGUAGAGAGCGAGGGAUCAGGGAGAACGGUGGGAAGGCGUAUGCUCCUGUCAAUGGCCAGGGUUGUAGGAAAGCGUCUACGGCUUGGGACAGCGGAUCCGGUAGCCAGCUGAAGAAUGCGUCCGUCUGACGGUUCAGUCUGGAGGCAAAGAGGUCCAACGUAAUGGGCCCGCGAAGGAGAUGUAGCUGGUAGAAGACAUUCGGAUCCAGCUGCCAAUCGCUGGCGUCCCUCCAGUGACGGGAGAACCAGUCCGCCACGAGGUUGUCUGACCCGGGAAGGUAUUCUGCUUGAAGGGAGAUAUUCCUCCCUAGACAGAACUGAUAGAGUUCCCUGGUAAGGUCUGAUAGGAGCUUGGAGCGGGAGCCUCCAAGACGAUUGACAUAACGGACAGCGGAGACAUUGUCCAUUCUCAGAAUUAGAGAGCAGUCGUAAACGUCUUUGGCGAAACUGCGAAUCGCAAAAGCGCCAGCCAUCAGUUCCAAGCAAUUGAUGUGCAUGGAUCGUUCUGACCGAGUCCAGAGACCCCCCGUGGAAAGGCCGGAGCAAGUGGCUCCCCAACCUAGGAGGCUGGCAUCGGACUCUAGGACGAAGUCUGGUUGGCGACCGAAGAUCGCUUUUCCAUUCCAAGCUUCCAUAUUCUGGAGCCACCAAUCUAACUCUACACGAACGUCUUCUGUAAGGAGUAUAGGUUGGUCGUAGGAAUGGGAUCUGCACAGAUACUUCGUCUUGAGACGCUGCAUCGCCCUGUAGUGUAAAGGGCCGGGGAAGAUGGCCUGAAUGGAUGCGGACAGGAGUCCUAUUAUCCGCGCCAGGUCGCGAAGGCAUACCUGAUGAGAGGACAAUAGUUUCCGAAUGUCCUUCUUGAUGGCUUUUAUUUUCGCCAUCGGGAGUUGAAGGAUUGAUCGAACGGAGUCGAUCUGGAAGCCCAGGAAAAGGAUGGAUUGUGAUGGUAUCAGAGAGGAUUUUUCCAAAUUGAUCACAAAACCAAGGUUUUGUAAGAGACAUUUGGUCAUAUUCGUAUGUUUCCGAAGCGUAUUGGGGUCUUGUGCCAUGAUCAAUAUAUCGUCUAGGUAGACGAUGGACCGGACACCUUGGGACCGGAGAAGAGCCAUAACUGGCUUCAUUAACUUGGUGAAACACCAAGGGGCGGAUGAGAGACCAAAAGGGAGGCAGGUGAACUGCCAAAGCUCUUGAAGCCAUAUGAACUGGAGGAAAGGGCGGUGACAGGGUGCAAUCGGUACCGUAAGGUAGGCAUCCCUGAGGUCGAAACGGGAGAACCAGUCUCCCUCGCAAAGGAGGUCUCGGAGUAAGUGUAUGCCCUCCAUCUUGAAGUGCCUGUACACAAUGAAUUGGUUUAGCCCUCUCAGAUUGAUGAUGGGGCGAAAAUCGUUUGACUUUUUUCGAACCAGAAAGAUGUUGCUGACAAAUCUGAGGGGGGAUGAAGAGGGUUCGAUUGCGCCCUUGUCUCUGAGUUUGCAGAGUUCUGCAUGUAAGACGGUGGUGUCCGGCUGGGACAUCCGUAUGGGAGGGGGCAGUGAGUCCUGUAUGGGGUCGGUGAUGAAAUCCAUAAGAAAACCUGAAACAGUCUGAAGGAUCCAAGGAUCCUGAGUGAGAAGAGACCACUGUGGGAAAAAACAAGUUAAACGGCCUGCAAUAGGUACUAGAGAAUAAGGUAGGUGCAUUACCUUGAGCAGAUCGACCCCGGAGAGAAGCAGAGCCACGUCCUCUGAUUGAUCCUCUGUUGGUAAACAGUUGUCUAUGAUAGGGACGGGCAUAACCAGAGUUCCAAGGUUCACUUGGUCGAGGCCUGUAGCCGUUGAAGGCAGACCUGCCGGUAGCUCGGCCUCUGUGGCGACCGGCUCUGCCAGAGAAACGGUUGGUUCUAAACACCCUGCGAAGGGAGGUCUGGGCCUUGUUCAGUGAGGUGAAUACAGAUACGUGUCUGUUGAGGUCCCGCAUGAACUGGUCCCCAAAUAGGAGGCCGUUGGCCUCUGGGCCGAGUUCUUUGGAACCCAAAUCUGCCAAUUUUACGUCUAUUUUAUAUAGCGCAGCUUUCCUUCUUUCAGUGGACAUGGCCACGUUAGCAUUCCCCAAGAGACACAGGGCUCUUUGGGCCCAUUCACGUACCAAGUGUGGGUCCAAGGUACCUUCAACAAUGGCUUCAUCUGCCAAGAUAAAAAUCUGGAUAAUGGGACCAGCAAUAUCCAAUAAUUUGUCCUGGACUGUUUUGAGGCCCUGUUCCAGGCCUUUGCGUGGGUCUUUUCCUGACUUGCUGAGGAAGGUAAUGAGGAGGGGAUCAAACUCGGGAGUUAGGGCGACCUUAUCCGGAAUUGUAGGUCGAGGGCAUUCAGCCCGUAAUUUGUUCCUGAUCUCCUUCUCUAGCGGUUUUCUGAGCCACAUUCUGCAGAAUUGAACAAUAUGGCUAGGUGGUGCCCAUUCAGCGGACCGGGGGUGUUUGAUGAUUCUAGGAUCAAAAAGGGGUUGGCCGUUACCAUCCAGCAGGAUGUCAGUUAAAGGAUCCUUAUUUUGUGAUGGAUUAGUGGGCAUGGGGCUAACCAUGAAUGGUUUGGUGUAGGAUUCCUUGACAUACCUAGUAUUACCCUGGUCUUCUUCGUCCGAGUACCUUGCACAGUACUCGUCUACGACCUGUAGGUCGUGUGCUGUGGAACCCUCUAAGGGAUCCAAUAAUGGAAGGCUUGAGGAGGGAAGUGACAGUCUAGCAUUUUUUGCAGGUGCCUUGCCUUUACCGGCGGAGACACUGUUGCCCUUCCAGGGACGCUUGCGCGGAGCCCCGUCAUGGUCAGAAUCGUGAGACUCUUCUGAGUCGGAAAUAUUUAAUGCAGUAGUUGGCUUUGGAGCAGGUUUAGCCUGUUCGUGGUAAGCCGCAAUAGCUUUGGGCAUGGAUUCCGCUAUUGCUGAAAAAAGCCAGGAUUUUAAUUCAGCAGAGACAGUGUCCUGUUGUUCAGACAUUAUUAACAAAUUUGAAACACAAAAAUAAUAAACUUAAAAUUGUAAGGCAGGGGGUCACCCUGACAAUAGCUGGGGGUCACCCAGGAAUAAAAAGGGGGUCACCCUUAUAGUUAAGUUUGGGGGUCACCCAAACAAGCAAAUGGGGGUUGCCCAAGAUGCAAAGAAAAAAGUGGAGUCACCCACUGCAAUGUCACUGAGACACAAAUUAAUGGAAAGCUAGUUAGCAAACGGAGCCCUUAAGGUACCGCUGUAACCACAAAAAAACAGGGGUCACCUGUUAUUAGCAAGGGGGUCACCCUUGUGGCAGAAAGUGUUUGGCCUGAUGACGGUGAUGGCAGGAAAAAAACACUUUAAAGUUUGUGAACAGAACCUGUGUGAAGUAAAAUAGGGGAUUUUUAGAAUAAAAUAAAAGAAUAAAACAAAUAAUAUGUGUAUAUAUGAUAGAGAAAAAAGUACUUACCUUGGAACUGGCAUGCAAAGAAGUGGAGAUACACCUUUAAAAUUCGAAAGGAAUGAGAUCACUUUGUGAGAGAAUUGACAGGCAGAGAACCGUUAGUGAGGUAAACUGCCGCACAGUGAAAAUGGCCGCCGGCUAGUGCAGAGGCGGAGCCUGCGCUUUAAUGAAAAAAACGCGGGAAGCAGGUACAGAGAGACCCUGCUGUGUGAGAGCUGACAGGCAAGAAACAAAGCCGCGAUCAGAUCGCGGUCGGCGGAGAGGAAAACGCCGUGGGUGGUGGAGGGAAGCCACGGGCUGAGAAGCGGGGAAAAAGUAAACAAAGCCGCAGCUAAAUCGCGGUCGGCAAGAAACACGCCGUGGGUGGUGUAAAAAGGGGAAUAACCCUCGGUGGGAUCUCACAAGGGGUAUUGAGUGCCCCAGAAAGGGCAAAUGGUCCUGUGGGCCGACCAAGGUCGGCCCCAGGAGAAAGGGGGUAAAACAAUAUAAAUAAUGGACAUAAGUAAAUAAAUUUAAAUAUGUAUAAAAAAUUCUUAUAAGGUCUGAAAUCAGAAUUGACUCACCUGGGAGGCAAGCAGCAAAGAAAGAGGAAUUGGGAGGAGUUUCACAGCCACUUAUUAAUGACUAGAUGUGUUCUGAUUGGUUGUUUCCUUUUUUCAAUCUGUUAACUGUUUCUUUGCUGCUGGGAGGAACAGUAAAGGAAGUAAAGCAAAUAUGAAGCCUCCUGUCUUGCCAUAAAAUUACUAGUGUAGAGCCGGUAAUACAAUACUCCGGCGAAUAUAAGUUGUGUGUGUAUAUAUGGCGUGAUUACUAGUAAAUGAGUGUGUGUGCCAUAUGAUAAACAUCAGAGUUUCAUGAUAUAUAUAAAAUACUAAGUGUUAAGUGACUCAUAUAUAAAUUUCCAAUAUCAAAAGUUUAGAAUAGAAUCAAAUAGGAAAUUAUGUGAUAAGUAUUAGUGAGAUUAGUUUUCAAUACUUAUAUAAAUAAAAACAAACCUAUAACAAUAAAUCCUAAAUAAAUGAAUAAACUAAUGUUAAAAACAGCGUUAUGCUGCCAUGGAAGAAUUUUUAUCAUUCUUACUCCUAGGCAUUAUUAUAUUAGAUAGUACAAGAAGAAAUUGAUUAAAGAGAGCAGUUCUAUUAAAGAUUUAUACACCCAAAAGUAUCAUUAAGUGCAAAGAAGUUUUUUUUGGAGUUUCAGAUAGAGGUAUGAUCACAGAUGGUCGGAGUUAAUCACAUGGAGAACAUAGUAUAGUACAAGUAGUAACUAUAUAGAGAAAAGUAUGUACAAAAAGUGUAAAAAAGAGCAGAUGUACCAUAAUCAUAUGUAGACUCAUGUGUAUAUCGAUAUGGUAAUAUUAUAUAAUAGACUAAAUCAUUAUCUAUUAUAGUGGGCACUAUCCAAGUUAGAGUAGAUAUUCUUAAAAAAAAUUGGUUUCAAUAUGGGACCUUAACAUCAUAAAAAUAUAGAAUAGACAAUGUUUUCAUUGAGUCCCGUAGGUGUUACGGUAUCAAGACGGUGUAUCCAACGGGCCUCUCUUUGUAAUAACAUUUUUGAACGGUCUCCUCCUCUCGGAAGUGUGGGUAUGUGGUCAAUCGCAGUAAAGCGUAGAGUUGGUAGUCGGUGGCCAUAGUCCAAGAAAUGUUUAGCGACUGGUUUAUCGCUUGUCUUAUCUCGGAAUGCAGUAGUGAUGGUGGAUCGAUGACCCCGUAUCCGGUCUCUGAGGGUUAGAUUGGUUUUUCCCACAUAGGACAGACCGCAGGGACAUGUAAUCAUAUAGAUCACAUGGUCAGUAGUACAUGUAAUAUAUUGAGAAAUGUUUAUUCUUUGGCCAUUAUGUGGGUGAGCAAAUGAAGUACCACUGACCAUGUGACUACAAGUGACACAGCCACUGCACUUGAAACAUCCUCUUUUAGUAAUUUUAUUCGGUAUUUGGUAGCAAUGUCUGGGAUCAUUUUUUACAAGAAGAUCUAUAUAUAUAAUUUUUUUUUUUUUUUUUUUGCAUAUUACUUGUAGAUGGUGGGAACACACUGUGAAAAUAGUUCAGUACAGGGGGGGGAAAAAAGGGGUAAUACAGAAUGAAGAUACUGUUAGUCUUAUAACAGGGUAGUUGCAUUAUGUGUACAUAUUACCAUAAGCAGUAAACUGAUAGUUAAAUUAUGCGAGUACGGGACUAGUAAAUUACAACAGUUGUUGGCAUGGCUUGGGUACCCACUAUUGUAGGGUAUGGUGAAGGUUGUCAAAAGUGUGGUUGCAUGACACACACAGGAACUCCUGUCUCCGCUUAGGGCAUAUUGAGUUCCAUUAUUUAUUUACUUAUUUUAUUAUAAAAUAUUUUACCAGGAAAGAUACAUUGAGAUUUCUCUUGUUUUCAAGUAUGUCCUGGGUCCACAAAUCAUUGCAUUGUUAAAUUAGAGUACAAUAAAAUACAAAAACAAUAUUAAUACACCAUAAAUACAAAAUUUAACAUAGAACAGGUAGGAAAUAUAUAAUCAACCAUGACAGGUGCAUUCUGUUUUGAGGUAUGUAGAGUGGGAUCUCUUAAAGGACUUCAGGCUUAGGGAAGAUUUUAAAUUGUGCGGGAGGUCGUUCCACAAUUGCGGUGCUCUGUAGGAGGAGGAGGAUCGGGCCGUCUUCUUUUUGUAUUGAGGUAGACUAAGUAAAGUGUUGGUAAUGGAUCGGAGCUUAAAGGAAGUUCGAACAGCUGGGGAAAGCAUUUUGUUCAGGUAGGGUGGGAGUUUCCCAGAAAUGCUCUUAAACACAAGGCUGCAAAGAUGAAGGGUGCGUCUGGAUUCCAGCGACAGCCAGUUUAGUUCUUUUAGCAUGUCACAAUGGUGGCUCCUGUAAUUACAUUGUAGCACAAAUCGGCAGAAUGAGUUAUACAAUGUAUUGAGUUUAUUAAUGUGGGAUUUCGAUGCAGAUGCAUAUACUACAUCCACAUAAUCAAUGAUUGGCAUCAGCAUUUGCUGUACAAUCUUUUACUGUAGGGCUUAGGCAGGAUUUGUUUCUGUACAGGGCACCUAGAUUUGGAUAAAGUUUAGAUGCAAGCUUUUCUAUGUGCAUGCCAAAAGAUAGAUUGGGGUCUAAUAUCAUACCCAAGUAUUUGAAAGAGUGGACUGCGGUCAGUGUGCCAUUUGAAUUUGUUUUGAUGGAUAGGUGGGAAUUGUGUAAUUUAGGUACCGUUCCAAAGAUCACAGUUUUGUCAGUGUUCAGGAAGAGUUUGUUUUUUGCGAUCCACUUUUCUACUUCUGUAAACUGGUCUUGGAGCACAGCCUCAAGUUGCGGUAGAUUGGAUUUGCUCGCAUAGAUUACUGUCAUCUGCGUACAUUUGAGGAUUUGCAGAUCAUUUAUAAAUAAUGUAAAUAGUAGGGGCCCGAGAAUGGAACCCUGGGGGACACCACACAUGACUGGGAGAGGGAGGGAAUCGCUGUCAGAAAUGGACACAUAUUGCGAGCGAUCCGAUACAUACGAUCGAAACAAGGUUACUGAACAAUCACCAAUACCUGAGUUUUUGAGUUUGUGCAGUAGAAUGUCGUGGUCUACUGUGUCAAAGGCCUUAGCAAAAUCAAGCAAAAUAGCUCCAGUUAGGUCUCCUUGUUCCAUGCCAGUUUGGAUGUCAUUGCAAACUUUCAAGACGGCAGUUGUAGUGCAGUGAUUCGGGCGAAAACCCGAUUGAUCAGGGGUCAGAUAGUUUAAUUGUUGGUAGUACUCACAUAGUUGCAUAUGGACAAAUUUUUCUAAGAUUUUUGACAAUACCGGGAGCAAUGAUAUUGGGCGAUAGUUAGAAACCAAAGUAGUGUCACCACUUUUAUGGAUAGGCACUACUCUCGCAGUCUUCCAAAGUUUUGGUAUGUAUCCAGACACCAAGGAUUCGUUAAUUAGCGUUGAGACAGGUGUAGCAAUUGCCGGCGCACUGAGCUUCAACAGCAUUGCUUGGAUUUGAUCAGGUCCGGACUGGUUUUUCAUUUUUAGAUUAAGAUGUUUUUUUUUUUUUUUAAUGACACUAACAGGUACAGGUCUAAAAAUAAACUUGUCUUUAUUGGGCCUUUGCAAAUUCACCUGGUGCUUGUGUUAUCUGCUCUAGGGUUUCACUGAAGACUCUUGGCGAGCCCAUAGUGUCCUGUAUUGAGGUGCUCAUUCUUUUAUCCCGAAGGGUAACGGUUAGAGUUGGUGACGCGUUGGUCAUGGCGGCUGGGUCACACAUCCGGCAACGGAAUGAGGUGUUGUCCAGAAUUUAAUUCAUUGGGUACUGCCUGAGGGAGGAGGAUCCCCACUCGUGGUUCAUAGAUGUGGCAUGGGGGGAAAACUAGUGGAGUUAAGUGUAUCCGGUGGAGGUAGGAUAAUGGGAGGGUUAGGAGAGAGAAGGGGGGGAAUGGCAGAGUAGGGCAGGUGGUUUUGGGUUCGUUGCGGGUGUACGCUUAUCGGUAUUCGAUAAGAAUUGGGAAUUCAAUGAGCCAAGGGUCCCAUAUCUUGUCGUUGUGUAAUGAAUGUCAUAAUGCCAUCCAUUUUCCUAGCUUUGUCUUUGUUUUUGUUUUUUAACGUAGUCUAUGGUCUGGACUGUGACAACGCCCUAGUGUGUGGCAAUGGAUCUCCUGGUCACUAAGGCUAGAUUGGCCAGUAACUUGUUGUGUGCUCUAGGUGUGUCAACGGUUUGGAAAGCAGCCACAGCCAGGGGUCCCUGGGGAUGGUAAUAUGUAGCGUUUUAAAGGUUAAGGUCAUUGUGUCUGACCAUAGUUGAGUUAUGAGUUGUCAGUCCCAUAUGUCCCCUUUUGUCCACAUCCCUUCCAGCGCUGGUCAGAUGUGGAGAGUCCCAUCUGUUUUAAUUUUAGGGGAGUGAGAUACCACCGCAGUAGUCUUAUAGGUCUGCUCUUUGUGAUUAACACCUCAUAACUGUUGCCAUGGCCUCUCAGAUGGCUGUCCAGACCGUGGGGUUUGCAGGGGGGCCCCAAGUCCCUCUCCCAAGCCGUGACAUAAGACAAUGGCACGAUUUGGGUUGCUUUGACCAAAAUGGAGUAUAUAAUGGAGAUCUGACUCUUCUGUACAGGGCUUUGGAUACAUGUUUGUUCAGAAGCUGUGAGGGAGGUUUGUCCUGCUUUUUUAUAUUCUGUGGUAUCUAGGAAAUUUCUUAUUUGGAGUUAUCGUAAGUGGUCAUAUGUAGUAAGUGGUGUGGUUUGAGGCAAGUCCGCGAAUGGGAUUAGUUGUUGGUUCCAGAAAAAACAGUGUACUCGAUGGAGAUUAUUGUCCUCGUAGUGGGCAAAGUCUUGCGGACUCAUGCCCGGAAUGAACUGUUCGUUCUUCAGGAUUGGUGGGAGGGGUGAUGGAUUCGUCACGAGUACGUGUUUUUAGGGAUAGUUUGUUCCAUAUUUCGAUGGAGGUAGUUAGUGCUGGGGUGGUCUGUGAGAUCUGGGGUCGUGCCUGUUUUGGGAGCCAAAUGUAUAGGGAGGGGGGAAGUCCCUGGCGAAGAAGUCGUGCUCCAGGUCCACCCAUCUUUUCAGCCCUGUGGGGGCAUGUAGGGUUUGAAUCUGAACCAGCUGUAUGAAAAUAUUGUAAAAAGUGUGGCAGGCUAAGUCCUCCCACUCUGGUUGGAAGGUAUAGGAUAGCCCUUCUUAUUCUGGCCCUUUUGUUGGCUCAAAUAAACUGAUCUAUCUGGGUCUGUAACUGUUUGAAGUCUUUGACGGAGACCUGUACCGGCAGUGUCUGAAAUAAACAUAGGAAUCUUGGUAAGAGAUUCAUUUUUGAUGUCACUCUCCCUUGCCAUGAUAUAGAGUGGUCCUCCCAGGUCUUAAGGUUGGUCGUUGCCUGUUUUAAGAGCAGGGUGUAAUUUAGAGACCUCUGCAGGGAGGCUAAUGCCAAGAUAGUGGGGGUGUGUGUUGGGUUGUAAUGGAAUGGAUAGGUGGCUUGAAGUGCAGACAUCGUGCCCUCAGGGAUUUGGAUCGGUAGUGCUUAGGUUUUGCCCGGUUUAGGCGGUAGCCUGAGACUUUAGAGUAGUCGUAGUAGGACGCGUAAUAGUGGUGGGAGUGAGCUUGAGAGUUAGGAGAAAGGUCUUUGGCGUAGCCUGCUAUCUUGUAUUCCUCCCUCUGGAUUUGCCCUCCCGCACUGUGAGGGUCUAGUAUUGGGGUCUGCAGGAGGAGUUCAAAUUAUAGUGAGAACAGGAGGGUACACCGUAAAAAAUGCAGAAUGAGGGUGGGUGUGCAAUCGAGAUUAGGUUAGCCUCCGGAGUGGAGUACAAAGUCUGAAGCGCGUUGAGGAAGGCGUUAGGAUUUCAAAAUUUGCGGAGGGUUGCAAACAGGAAGGGCCAUAAAAGGCGAUCAAACUCCUUCUCGGUUUCCAGGGGCAGGAAAAGUGUGGGUAUCUGUCUGUGUUUCUCUACCUAGAGUAGGUCAAAGGUAUGUGUCGUAUGCCUGUCUGGAUGGGAUGAAACCUACUUGGUCCGGGUGAAUGAGUUUGGGUAAGUAGGGGUUUAAUCUGUCCGCGAGCAGUUUUUAAUGUCAACGUUCAAUAGGGAAAUUGGUUGGUAAUGGCUCGGCUCUGUGUGGGGUUUAUUAGGUUUUGGGAGGAGUCAGAUGUUUGCUCGAAGCAUGUCUGGUGGCAUAGGGUUCCCCUGAAGCAUGGAAUAAAAAGAUGGCAAAGGAGGGGGAGUAAUAGUGCGGGAAAGGUUUUGUAAUAGAGCCCUGUGAAUCCGUCCAGUCCCAGGCUCUUGUUGGGUUUCGUAGUUUUGAUGGUUUUAGCUAUUUCUUCCAUAGAGGUGCGUUCGCUCAGCUUAGUGAUUGCCUUCAGCUUUAGGGCUGGUUGGGGGAUGGUAUGAAAAUAUUUCUCUAUGGAUUGUAGUGUCGUUACUGGUUGUUGUCUAGAGGUGGGACUAUGAUCAUAUAAGGUGACGAAGUAAGUCUGGAAAAUGUCACAGAUUUUCGUGGGAAUAGUGUGGGUUUGUCCGUUCAUGGCCUGUAUUUUGUCAAUGUGUUUCUGGUCGGUCCUGCACUUGUUUCCUUGCCAGUAGUGUGUCAGCCUUGUUGGACUUUUCCUAAUAUUUCUGCUUUGACCACUGGAGAGCUCUCGCCGAGUCCCUGGCCAUAAAGUCCUUUAUUUUGUUGCGUCAGUCGUGUUGGCACGUCUGGGGAUGGGUUUUGUUUAUGGCUGGUUUCAAGAGCUGGUUUGUGAGAGAUUCUGCGAGUUCUGCCAGCUGAGUUUAUUUUUGUGUAGAUGCGAGACUGAUCAGUUUCCCUGUCAUUACAGCCUUGUGAGCUGCCCACAGUAUUCUGUGAGGAUACCAAGGGUGUAUUGAGAGUGAAAUAGUCUGUCUUUGUGGAUGGAAUCUUUUAAGAUGGGGUUAUGGAGCAGGGUUGGGUUCAGUCUCACAUGACCAUGGGUGAACGAUAUUUGGAAUUGAUAUGGUCAGGGUGACUUAGGUGUAGUCCGACCAUGAGAUGGUUCCAAUAGAGGCUGCCUUGACCAUAGACAGGAGAGAGGGUAACUAAAAAGAGUUCUAUCCGGGAGUACGAAUUGUGUGGGUGCGAAUAAAACUUAUAGCCCCGUGCAGACUGUUGUAGCAUCCGCCAUGCGUCCACCAAAUGUAGGCGCGAGGUGAAGGCCUGGAGCAGUUUGUCAGAUUUGGUCGUAGAUGCUGAGCAUUGGUGGUGGAGGCUGCCCACCAAUGGUGACAUUGUGGCGUUAUAAUCUCCUCCGAUAAUUUUAAAGUGGGCCCGGGAAUAAAGCCAAAUGCGCAUGUAGUAGGUCCCAGAACGUGUUUUCUGGGGUGUUUGGGGCGUAUAUCGAGGUGAUAGCAUAAUUGUUGGUUCCUGUCUGACUGGAAAAUGUAAUAAACCUACUCUGGGGGUCCUUAGUAAUCUGUUUUAUGUGCAGAGGGCAGGUUUUGUGUAUCAAUAUGGCUACCCCGUUUUGUUUGCUUGUGGGAGAGUUUGCUGUAUGGCAUUCAUGGUAGUCUCGGUUUAGGAGAGGGAAUGGUUUGGAUUGAGUAAAGUGGGUUUCUUGUAGGAGCACCAAGUCAGCCCUAUUUCGGUUAGCCCAUCUCAUAAGCUGAUGCCUCUUACAAUUAAUGGACACGCAUGUAAUCUCCGCACCCAUGCUAACUGGUUGUGACUUGAUGGGAAUGUUACGUGACCACCCCAAAUGGUAUGUGGGGGAGAGGGUGUUGCAACCCUGUAUUAAUAAAAAUAAUUUAACAGCAGUACAUGGUAGGCAUAUACGUUGAUUUGUUCCUGAGGCUCAAGAAUGGCAGCGGUAAGCAUGCAUAAGAAACAUCGUACCAUAUUGAAGAGUGGAGUAAAAUAAAUUAAGAGAAGGUACAUUAAAUGAAACAAAGAGCAGCACUCCGAGCUUAGGCCCACUGGGCAUGCAGGUGUUAUCUAAAGGUGUCAGGAUUUGGGGUCCACCCCUUUGUGUUGUAGAUACAUAUCUGCCCAGGAGUUGUGGUGGGGCUUUUAAGUUUGAGUGCUCUCUCAGACAUGGAGCAGUUGGGAGGGGCCUUAGGAGCAGCGUGUGUAGGUGUUACACAAAACGUGGGGGGGGUUGGAGGAGAUCAAUGGGGUCUCAGUUGGCCGCUAAAGCGCUGAUGACUUUUUUUUUGUAGGACUAGGAUGCUCUUGGUUUAAAGCCGUCCCUUUAGUGUCAGCUGUGCGUCAACACACCCCAAGGGUAGCUGGUAGUGAAGGGGGUGGUGGGGGGGGGCCUUUGCCUGUCAUGCAAUUCGGUGCGGACUUCCCUUGGCAUCUCUAUUGGGGGGGAUAUACAGGGUUGGGGUACAGGUUGUCGGGCGUUUUGGGUGAAGACUGGUGGGUAUUUCCACGUCUAAGGAUUAGAGAGUAAUUUUCUCCCUCCCCAUGAGUCUGUAACCCCCAGCAUAAUGGGCUAGGUGGGCCACAUGGGUGUGUAGGGUUAUGCUACCUGAUAAGUCCCUGGCAUCAUUGCUUAUAUCUUCAAAACCUUAUAGCAUCGGUAUCUUCCGUAGCCUGGGUUAAAAUUGGUGUGGCUACCCUGUUUGACAAUCUUUAUUUUUCAAUUUACGUGGUACAUAAAUGAUAGAGAGCAAAGAUUCAAAAUAAUGAUAUUGAAGAAAGUUAUUGCAAUAUAACAACACUAAUGGCAGUACACAAGUGUUCUCAGUCAAACCUUGGGAAGAUACAAUUAGGCACUACGAGUGCGAGUUCAAACAAAGUUAUCAGCUUCUAUAAAUGGGAAUCCUACAGUGCGAUGGGGAGUGGUGCAGAAGUGUAGCUAGUCUCACGUGGAAACCUACUUAAUUACCGACAGGGCUGCCUGGUGUCACGUUGGCUUUCUAGUGACUAGUUUUUAUACCUCGGCCUUUCUAUGGGUAGCUAUCAACUCUUCCGCUGUGUGUUAGCAAGGAAAUAAUUAUGGCCUCACUUCAAUUCCAUGGACCGAGAGUUAUCAGGAAACCUUUAAUGCGUAGCAACUGGAGUGUAAGAACUCUGAAAGUCUGGCAGUAUAACUUAAUAGAUGUGUUGGCCGCUCAUGACAGUCUAACCAAUGUGCUUAAGAAGCACACCCAUUGGCCUACGGGUGGAAGGGCUCUGUCAGGAGCAGGGGGCCCGUCGCCGCCCUCCGCCCCGUGGCGUGUAACUCGGGGUGUGCAUGGUUCGAGUCUGCUCCUGGGGACCUGUGUGCCAUGUAGUCAAUCCAGGGGCCCCAUAGUCGCAUGCAUUGUUCUCCUGUGCCGUGUAGUUCUGCCGUGAGGCUUUCCAUGUGAAAGAUUUCUUCUAUCUUCUCUGUCCAUUCCGACACCGUUGGCACCAGCUGCGAUUUUCCAUUUGGCAGGGAUCAGGCUCUUAGCAGCAUUCAGGAGGUGUUUCGUUAGGGAUUUUUUGUAUAUGCCAAGUGGCAUCUCGGUGUGGUGGAGCAACACCUGGGGGGGCUGCAGCAGAACAUCCGAAUCCAAGAUCUCCCUCAGUUUUCCGUGUAUUAGUUGCCAGAAGGUGGCUAUGGGAGGGCACGUCCACCAGAUGUGCCAUCCGCCGUCCCACAUCUCCAGCACCGGGCUGUCGGCAUGAGGCCCAUGCGGCAUAGUCUGGUGGGCGUCCUAUACCAACAGGUCAGGAGCUUGUAAUUAAGCUCUCAAAAUUUGGUGUUCCCUGGUGUGUCAGAGCGUGGAUCUUCUCCCAUUCAGCUUCCGUCAGGACGGUCCCCGUGGCUUGCUCCCACUGUGACUGGUAGGGGGCCGGCGGCGUCCGUGCAGCCCUAAUGAGAUUGGCGUAGAGGACCGAGAUACCUCGUUGCAGGUGCGUCCUCCCAGUGCACAAGGACUCGAAGUAUGUCAAGUCCCUGUGUAUGAGCUGCAAGCCAGGUAGCGUGCGGCAUGAGUGUCGAAUCUGGUGGUACCGGAAUUGCAGCAACCCUGUAGCCUGAGUUUGUGUCAGCAAAGUCUCAAGGGGCUGGAUUUGGCCGUUUGUACACCAGUCUCUCAAAUGCAACCCGUCCGGGUUUCCCAAACCUUCCACAUCUCUCGGCGCCAGGCCUCCCGCUAUCUCCGGGUUAUAGACGACCGGUGUCAGGGGGGACGGGUUGGUGGAGAGGUUCAGUUUAUAUCGCAGGCCUGACCACACCCACAGGGUUGCCCCAACCAUCGGUGUUCACGGAUGUCUUUAGUCUGUAGGGGGUGAGGGAACCACGUCACCCAUGGGAGUCGUCCUUGGGUUUGCGUGUGCUCCAGGCGGACCAAGUACUUCUGUUUGUGGGACAUGCCAGUCAACUAUUCGGAGAAGGUGAGCAGCCACGUAGUAGAAUUGCAGGUCCGGGAGUCCCACCCCGCCCAAAUGUGUGUUUGGGUCAGCUGUGUGCAUUUAAGUCUGGCCGUCCCAGCCUUCCAGACAAAUCUUCGGAUGUCCGUAUUCAUGGCUUUAAAGAAAGCUGGGGAGUUCUAAUCGGAAUAGUUUGAAAGCGGUAAAAGGUUAAUUUUGAUGGCAUUGAUUCUGCCGAACCACGACACGCAUGAUGCUCCCCACCUGAGUGUAUCCGAUUGUAGUAUAGUUUGUAAUGGCAAAAAGUUCUCGAUAGAGCUCACUCAGGUCCCUCGUCAUCCAAAUUCCUAGAUAUUUAAUACGAUGGGUGCACCACUUGAAGGGGAAGUUCGCUUUUAGUUGGGGCAGUAGUCCAGAGGGCAGGCGUAAAGGGAGCGCUUCAGACUUAUCUGUGUUCAGUUUCAAAUUCGAAAGCUUUCCGUAGGUCUUAAAGGCACUGAGGAGGUUCGGCAGGGUGAUCAUAGGGUUCUCGACGAAGAAAAGUAGGUAGUCGGCAUAAGCUGCGACCUUGUGCGUUCUGUCCUCUAUCUCAACUCCCUCAACAUUUCUGUCCCGCCUGAUUGCCUCCAGGAAUGGUUCCAGUGUGAGGGCGAAUAAAACGGAGGACAGGGGCACCCCGCCUCGUACCGUUCCGUAUUGCGAAUGACGGGGACAGGGCACCAUUGAUCCGCAAGCGAGCCCUCAGAGAUGGAUACAGAGGCGGUAUCCACAGCAACACGUGUGGGCCAAAGCCCAUUGCCCGCAGGGUCUCACUCAUGUAUUGCCAGUCCACUCGGUCAAACGCCUUUUCGGCGUCGGUCGAGAGGAGGAGGCUACUGCGGGCGGUGUUCCUGGUGGCGUGAAUGAUGUUGAGGGCUCGUACUGUAUUAUCUUUAGCCUCCCGGCCCGGGGCGAAGCCCGUCUGGUCCGGAUGCACCAGGUUCGGGGCAACACGGCCCACCUUAAGAGCCAGGAUCUUAGUAAAGAGCUUGAGGUCCGCGUUGAGUAGUGAGAUGGGUCUGUAGCUAGUGCACGCAGUAGGGUCUUUCCCGUCUUUCGGGAGGACCGCCACAGUCGCCAUGAGGGUAUCCCUCGGGAACCCCCUCCAGAAUAGAGUUUAGCCCCGUCAAGAGUUCAGGCAUAAGAAUCUCUCUAAAAAUCUUAAGGUAUCAAGCUGGGAGGCCAUCCGGGCCCGGUGCCUUAUUGACGUUGAUGGCCUUAAGGGCUCCCAGGAGCUCACCUAGCGUGAUCGGGGAUUCUUGGUCUUUUUGGGACUGAGAGAGCUUCCGGUGCACAUGUUCCAAAUAUUCCCUGAUCUCCGUCAACCGUGCCUGGUUUGCUCCUACCCCCUCCUCGGUCAGAAGGUUAUAUAGCUUAGUAUAAAAGUCCUGGAAUUCUGUGACUAUUUGAUCUGGUAAUCUCGUGAGGGCACCUCCCUUCGUCUGGAGCGUGGUAAUCUGUGCUAGUCUCUUUCUUUUGUAGCAUUUUGGCCAGCAUGCGGCCACACUUGUUAGUGUUCGUAGAUGUAACUGCGCGAUUUGCGUAGCGUGUGGGUCAAUUGUUGUGAGGGGAUUCUUCAGCUCCCUGCGUGCUUCCAGUAGUGCCCGGUAGGCGUCUUCAGAGGGGGCCAACCUAUGCUCUCGAUCUAGUUGUGUGGUACGUGCGUAUAGAUCCGCCAGUCGACUGUGGUGUUCUUUUUUACGCUUGGUGAAGAGUUUGAUAAAAUGGCCUCGGAUUACGCAUUUAUGCGCUUCCCAUCUCCUCAAUGGUGAGAUGUCCGGCGUGGUGUCGAUUUCGAAAUAUUGGUGUAGCAUGGCUUCUGUUUACGCGGCAACCAGUGAGUCGCCCAGUUUCUGCUCAUGGAGCCUCCAUUGUUUGCCGCUGGGUUUGAAUAGGGGUGAGUGGAUCGUGGCCAGGACCGGGGAGUGGUCCCUCCAGACUACCAUUUGGAUAUCACACGUUUGGAGGAGAUGGAGAUUCGGGUCCGCCAUCGUCUCAGUGCAGUGGCAUGGUGUAUGUCGAGUGAAGAGUAUCGCCACUCUGGCUCUUUUGGAGUCUGGAUGAUUGGGAAAGAACCCGGUCGGGAAUCUAGAGUCCCGUAGAGCAGAUGGGUCUGGACCUUUUAAAGUGGGUCUCUUGUAGGAAUGCCACCGAAGUCCUAGUGGCCCACAGGGUCCGCAGCAGGUGUGAGCGUCGCUCUGGGGAAUUUAGUCUCCUUAAGUUAUUGGUCCAGAGGCGUAGAGGAGGCGCCACCCGACCGAGCCAUUGGGUUCCCGGCAAGAGGGACGGGAAGGGCAGAGGGUAGGUAGAGGGCUUGUAGUGGGUGGGUGAGGGAGGUGCUGACCUGUAGAAGGUAUGGGGGUGGAGGGGGGAGAUCCAGUCCGGGUAGUCUGUCUGCAAUUCGUCCUAGUCCAAUAGGGUAAUAGAGGACCUUGACCAUGUGGGAAGUACUCUUCACCUCUAUACGUGAAAACACACACACACACACACACACACAGACCCCCCGGGAGUGGUUGUGCGCUGUGUCCGCGCGAGUGAGCUAUUGCGCCCAAGUGUAGAUAACCAGUAAAGGGGGUAUGUCCCAGGUACUCUCUGAUUCUGCGGUUUUGUGGGGUGUGGGUCUUGAUCUUCUUGGUGGCCCCUCUGUGCCAGCAGUGUCUCCAUCAGCCAAUUUCAAAUGCGGAUAGGUGGGAUGCGCAGGGUCCUAAACACCGGAGUCACGUUGUCUGGCCAGCGAAUGUGGAGCCAGGUAUUGCCAUUCUAGAUCUACAGACAGAAGGGGAAACCCCAGCGGUAAGCGAUAUUCCUGUCUCGGAGGGCCGCAGUCAGGGGUCGGAGUGCCCUCUGCGCGUCUAGUGUUAGGCUAGAGAGGUCCUGGAAGAGCGCCACAUCCGAGCCCUGGAAAUUGAUCUUGUCCGCAACCAGAGGUAUGGAUAUCAGACUCCUUCAGGCUGUAGGCGUGCAGGCAGCAGAGGACAUCUCUGGGUCUCCCAUCUUGUCGUUGGGGACAGAAGACUCGGUGCACUCUGACAAAUUGGAUGUCUGCGGGGGACUCUUUGCCCAGGAUUUGACUGAAGAGGGCCCGGACCAUCUCUGGUAGAGGCGUGGAGUCCGGCUCCGGUAGGCCGUGGAUGUUAUGUCGACGACUGCGAUUCUCCAGGUCUUCUACCUGGCGGCGUAGGGUGAGGAGGAGAUUGCCUUGGCGUAUGGUGGCCAGCUCAGCGGCUCUUUGUUGCGUUUGGCAGGCCUGCUCUUCAGUCUCCAGGGCUUCCACGCACACUUCAACUGCGUUAAGGUCGGUGCGCAAGGCCCCAGUUCCUCCUGCAACCACUGCACGGAAUUCCUGUAUUAAGCCCCCGGUGUCAGUGUUCGAGAGCAUGCGAUCCGAGAUUGCAGCCAGUUCCUGGCAGAUUAAGGUAAUUGCUUCUUCUCAGCCCCCACUCUCUGCCAUUGCUCCUGUGGUUCCCGCGCUCAUUGAGACUGGCGCCAUCUUGUCAGCUGCGUUAGCGGCUCGAGGUUCGGCCUGCGAGGACACAAUCGUCCAUGGUGCCCGUGGGUUUGCGUGGGGAACUUGCUGAUGGUGUGCCCCGGGAAAUGAGCUUCUUGUUGCGAACCAUGCUAAUUCGUUGUUCAGCUAUAUUGUCGCAGUUUUAGCGGCACGGGCGAGCAGCCAGAGCACUACACGUCUAGCUUCGUGCUCUGUCCGGCCACGCCCCCGGUGUGGCUACCCUGGGUGGAAAAUAGGGCGAUAGUUAAUCAAUGGGCGUCUUCUAUAUCUGCGAGACCUCCGUUUACUGAUGGGGCACUAGCAAUCUUCUGCUGGUCCCGGAGAACACAGAUGUUUAGGCUAUGCUCUUGUGCUGACUGCACAGUGACCUGUCCCGACUGUCGCCGUCCAGUAUUUAGGAAGAAGGCCUGAGUGUGAGUCUGGAAUUUCGGCUGAGUAUUUCUAGUGGCUGCCAUAAGCUUUUCUUUAGUGGCAAAGUGGAGCAUUUGAACGAUGAUGUCCUUUUUGGUUUUGCAGGGUUGAGCACCAGAGGGCGAAGUGCUCUGUGAGCCCUCUCUAUCUCCUGGUCGUGGUGUCUGGCAGGAGGGAGUGGAACAGCUCCUGGAGUGUAGGCAAGAUGUUAUCCGCCCCCACUGUUUCCGGCAGGCCUCUUAUCCGGAUAUUUUUCCUGCGAUUAUUAAGAUCUUUUAGGUUGUAAUCUUUCAGAGGCCUCACUAAUGUAGGAUUCUGAGCCAGAGUCUGUCGGGCCCUGACUCAAAGAUUGCCGCCCUUGCCCUUUUGGCGUCCGGAACAUUGUGAUCACUGGAGGUGGUAAAUCCUUCCUUUUCUUGUUGCCCCCCCCAUGGUUACACCGGGUGGGUAGUGUUGUGGGUAUCGGAUGAUAUCUUGGUAGGGCUGGAUGCCUGGUAAAACUUGCUGAUGUUGGCAGAUUAUAUCUCCGAGGAGGGAGAGUACAGGAUUCACGCGUCGGUCUCCAUUGGUGGUUAGGCUACCCAUGAAAAAUGUUUUUAUAGCACAGGGAAAAACUUAUUUCAGUAGAUGCAGUAAUUGAGCUGGUUUUGUUUGUUUGUUUGUUUUUCAUUUUACAUGACCUGCCCUUUUGAGGUGAGCUACAUAUUAACUAUAUAAAUUAUCAAGGUUAAUACAUAAUUUUAUUUCAGGUGUAGUGCUACCACCUCCACUGCAGCCAGAUGGAAAACUAAAGAAUAUCAAGCAUGUUGUAGCUGUUGCUCAGUCACGAUUAAACUUCAUGAAGCCAUCAAAAACAGGUAAGGUAAAGAAAAUAUUCUCUUCCCAUUGUGUUUUUCCCUUACCUCUUCUUGAGAUUCAGAUUGUAAGAUAUUUUGAUUGAGUUCCUCAUCAACCUAUUUUCGUAACAUUUAUUUUAAAUUUUUCCCAUGAUAUUGUAAAGUGCUGUGGAGUAUGUUGGCGCCAUGUAAAUGCCAAUAAAUUAAACUACUAUAUUUAUGCAAAUUCUGUUUUAUUGUAUGUUGUCAGUUCUGGUAAUCUGUAACAGCAUAGUCAUUCUAAUAUGUUGGCCAUCAAACAGUUUUUUUUUUUUUUGUUUUUUUUUUUUUUUUUUUUUUUUUUUUUUCUAUUUCUUUAUUCAGAUUUAUAGACCGUUAAAUAUAUAUUUUUCCUAAAUUUUCUAGUUAUUCCACGACACCCAAUGCCUUUUGCUGCCAAAAACAUGUUUUAUGAUGAACGCUGGAUGGCAAAGCAAGAACGAGGUUUUACUUGGUGGCUAAACUUCAUACUGACCCCUGAUGACUUUGCCGUUAAAAGAGAUACUACAAAAGGUAACCGAGAAAUCUUUUCUACUUUUGGGCUGUGAACAAUAUAAUCUAGAUUGCAAAACAUUGUAGCCCUGUUACUCGAUAAGAAAAAAGGCGCGGGAAAUUAUUUCCCAACUGAAACAGCAUCUUAAGAAAACAAAACAAAACAUUGUGGUCCAAUACAUGGAUGUUAACCUCACAAAUACAGGGAAUGGAAUGUUCUCUCGGCAAGUAACUUGUUUCUUUAUACAUUGAGUGGAACCCUUUUAAUAUUUACGUAUAAUUCAAUUAUACAUUUUUUUUUUUUUUCUUCUUCUUCUUCUCUGUAGUUAAUGCAGCAGCCCUGAUCUUAGAAGAAAGUUCGCAUAAGAUAAGUGUACCAAAAGCCCCUACCAAGGAUGAGGUUUCUCUCAAGGCCUAUACAGCGCGGUGCAGGUUAAAUAGACUUAGGAGGUCGGCGUGCCGUCUCUUUACAUCUGAGCCUGUGGUGAAAGCAAUAAGAAGACUAGAGGUGGAGAUUGAGGCUCGGAGACUGCUUGUGAGAAAAGACAGACAUUUAUGGAAGGAUAUUGGUAAACAUAUACUGCGUGUUCUAGAUAUAUAAUUUGGGAAACAGACAGCAGUGAGACAUGGUGUGUCCACGAUUUCCUUCUUCAUAAGGGAUAUAUUUUAAAACCAAAAUCUAUUUGUUUGACUUUAACCUAUUGUUCCUUUUAAGUUUUUGUAACCAUCUUGUUUAUUGUAAAAUCUCCCCCUCCCAUAAUAUUGUAAAGCGUUACGGAAUAUGUUAGCGCUAUUUAAAUGCCAAUAAUAUGUGAUUAAGUAAAAUACUGUGUAUUUGUUUUGUAGGUGAACGUCAAAAAAUUUUGAAUUGGCUUCUGUCCUAUAAUCCAUUGUGGCUUCGUGUAGGAUUGGAGGUAAUUAUCAUUUAGUUGUGUAUUGCCAGGAAUACUCCUAAUGGGAGUAAUGAGUAUUUUUUUUUUUCUUUUUCUUUUUACCUCUUGAAAAUGGCCUGUAGUUCUAUAUGUUCUUUGCCUCUCUGGUUCAUAGUACGGUCUAUCUGUAGUAUGAACCAGAGAGGAAAAGUACAUGUAGAACUACAGGUCAUUUUGAAGAGGUAAAAAAGAAAAUGUAUCUGGCUGUCCAGGAUGAAUGCAGCCAAAACGCUCAUAUUACAACCAUUAGGCAAUGUUGUGAAUUUCGAUUUUCAAUAUGUAGUGGUUGAUUUAUUUACUCUUCUUUUAGUUAUAUCGAAUGCAUUACAUAUAUAUUCUAGUACACCCCAGCUUGUCAACAGUCCUUGAAGACGUAUGUCUUGUUACUAUCCUAUUGAGGCAAAUUUGCUUAAUAAUUCCUAAAUAUUGGAGUAUGUGCCAUAGAACUGGCUUAAAAAGAACUAUAGAUGAUGCUGUUCCUGGCCUUUAGAUGUAGAUAGUCCUUUAGUUACUAUUGCCCCCAAUUGUCUGGUUAGGUGUUGGCAUUUACAGAUCAGUGAUGUCCUAAACCUAGGUUAUACUGGUGUUGGUAUUUUAUGCCAUAUAAAACUUUUUUUUUUUUUUUUUUUUAAGACUGUUUUCGGAGAAUUAAUAUCUCUGGAAAGUAACAGUGACAUCACAGGUCUCGCUCUGUUCAUCUUGAACCGUUUGCUAUGGAAUCCAGAUAUAGCAGCAGAAUAUAGACAUCCGUCAGUACCAAACUUAUACCGUGAUGGUAAGUAGUCUCAGUCCUAGGAACUGUUUGUAAUCUUAAUUGGUAUUGCUACAGUCUUUUAUAUCAAUUGUAUUCUAGAACUGCUGUUCUCUUUUUAAACUUGUGCAAAGAUUCAUUUCAGUGGUUCUUCCUAAACGAGUCCGUCUAUCUGGGAUUGACCUGCGGUGUCUGAUUCAAUGAAUAGGAUUCCACAGGCAAAUCCCAGAUAGAUCUAUGUUCUGAUAUCACAGAUCUGAAAAACAAAAACUGUAAAUAGUGCAAUACAGUAAAAAUUGGGGGAGAGUUUUUGCACACGCGCGACGUAGAAGUAUGCAGACUUCCGUAUCCGUAUGGGCUGGGCUUAAGUCAUGAAGAGAAGACCCAAUAGUGUGAAACCAUUAAACUCUUUUAAUGAUUAAAAAUCCAAGCAUGUCUUCUGACUUCUUGGAUUGACUGCCUUCUUGUAAGUGCAUUGUUAAUCAUUAAGUGUGUUUUUUUUUUUUUUUUUUUAAUGGUAUCACGCUAUUGGAUCUUCUCUUCAUGACCUACAACUACAAACUGGAGCACAGCACAUACGGAUUUCACUCCUUUUGGGGAGACAAGCCUGCAUACUUCUACGUCUUGUGAGUGCUCUCACUCUUUCUCCCCUCCCCUUUUUAAUUUUUUUAAAUUUUUUUUAUUAUUGUAUUACACUAUAUACAGUUUUUUUGUUUUUCAGAUCUGUGAUAUCAGAUUGGCAAAUGUUAUAUCAGGUGGUAUUUUAACGUAUCAUCUUAUUUGUGUGAUUUUAUAUUCUGGAGCUUGUUCUUAUACUUUGAAUGAGUGUUUGGUUAUACCUUUUUUUUGUGGUGUUGAGGUUCACCAUACAAGCUUUUUGUACAUUUGCACUCCCUCUAUAGUGAAGUAUUGCUUGAUUUCAGACCUAUGUUCUGGUGUGGAUUGCAAGAAAUCCACACUGCAGAAACUAAUAUUUCACUAAUGUAAUACCUCUGCAUUUUUACAAUACAUACAUAUACACAUACACUUUUAAAUUGUUUACAGGAAACUAUAUCUUAUGUACCUUUAUCAACCCAGGUCAUGAAGAAGCCCUCUCCAAAUUUACUUUGAAGAAAUUGUUGCUCCUCGUUUUCUUCCUUGAUCAUGCUAAACAGUCCAGGCUUAUUGAUCACGAUCCUUGCUUGUUUUGGAAAGAUGCAGAAUUUAAGGUGCAUUGAUAUUUCUUUCUUUAAACCUAAAAAGAUUGCUUGUGAUUAGAUUUGAGUUUCACCAAUGUCUAGCAUUGAAAGUGUGCUUUAAAUGUCCCAUUAUUAAUGAUCUUCUAGUUCUGAAGUAAAUUUAUAUAUACUGUCUUUUUAUUUUUUAUUUUUUUAUAUAUAUAUUUUUUUUAUCCCUUCAGACAAGUAAAGAUCUGUUGCUGGCAUUCUCACGAGAUUUCCUCAGUGGAGAAGGUGAUCUCUCACGUCACCUCUAUUAUUUGGGUUUGCCAGUCAGCCAUUCUCAGACUCACCUUGAUGAGUUUGACUUUGCUGUGACAAACCUGGCUAUGGAUCUGCAUUGUGGUGUUCGCCUUGUGUGAGUAGUUUUUCUGAUGUCCUUAUUUCUCUUUUCAUCUGGGACAGUUCAUUAACAUUGUUAUCUAUACAGAAGGAUGAUGGAACUGCUAACCCAGAACUGGGAUUUGUCUAAAAAGUUGCGAGUUCCGGCCAUAAGUCGUCUUCAGAAGAUGCAUAAUGUUGAAGUGGCCUUACAAGUCUUGAUGGAGCGAGAAGUCCAAAUUAAAGAUGACAAAGGUUAUAAAUAAAACAUUUUAAAAUUGGUAUCUCAUUUCCUCCUGUCCUAUUUCUCGGUUUAGCAAGUACAUCUCUAACUUUUUAUUUUGUUUCUCAAUCACAGCUUGUUUUUGAGAGACAUUUAUUUAUUUUUUUAAGUUUGGAACUAUUUUACUUAGAACAGCGCUUUAUGCCAGUGAAACAAAAUCUCCACAAUUAAUUCCUGUUCUGAUCUACAUGCGUCUUAAAUUGGCACUGUCGCGUCUGGGUUUCUUUGCUAAAAUAUGUAAAGACCCUGACUGUGAAAUUGCCACUUGGAAUCCGGUGGCUGGGGGUGCAGACAAGGGUGCACUUAACUUCCCACAAUCAGUCCCUCGCAGGCGUUGCCAUCUUCUUCUGGCCGGUCCUUUUCUGCUCCUGGUGCUUAAUAGUCUUGUGGUCUAUGGAAAGGAGUCCUGCGAGACAGUGAGAUUCUCCAUAGAUGCAGCCAUCACUGGCUGAGGUUUUGACCAUUCUAGACGUUAGUAGCUCCACACAUUAUUUAAAAACAAACUUUUUUUGUGUCAAGCGUAGGAAAAAUACUGAGACAAAGUAGUUCCUACCUUGUCUCCAUAUAUAUUUUGACUGGGCAGGCAUUUCAGUGGAAUUCCAACACUGUCAAUAUGAUUAUUUCUUAAUGAUUUCUAUCUUUAUAAAAUACUGAUUUGGGGGUGGUCACAGUGCCGUUUUAAGGAAUCUGCUUCCAAAAGUAGUUCUGAUACCGUUUGUAAAUGGUAUCUUACCAUUUGGGACUUCUGUAUCAUAUUUUUGGUUAUUCUGUAAACAAGUUACAGAUUUCAGUGUAAAAACAUUGCUUUGAGAAAGGAAGGAUUUUAGACUCUUCAAUGCUCUUGCAGUGCUCACAUUUGCACCUCUAUUGGGCCUACAAAAUCAUGCUAGAAAUGUAUUAGAGUUUUGGAAAAUGUUCAAGUUAAUAGUAUGAACCUAUCAAAGUAGGAGAAAUAUUUUGCUGUAAGUGAGCUGUGGAAAAGUUCCUCAAGGACAUGCAUGAAUAUUCCCUUUUUUUUUUUUUUUUUUUUUAAAUAUAUAAACCUAUUUUUAACAUGACUGUUUCUCAUUUUUUUUUUUUUUUUUAAUGUAUUUAUUUAUUUUGCCUCUUUCCUUAAACUGUUGGUAGGGAAUUUAAAAAAGAGGCAAGAAAUAGGUUCUUUGACUAUAUCACAAGUAUUAAUCUUUUGAUUUCGUUACAAUUUUAACCUUUCUGUAUUCUCUUAUGUAGGAGUCUCAAUUACCUCCAAAGACAUUGUAGACCGACACCGUGAGCGCACAUUAGCACUGCUUUGGAGAAUAGUUUUUACAUUUCAGGUAUAUAGCCAUUAAAAAAAAAAAAAAAAAAAUUAAAGGGGGAGGGACAACAAAAAAAACUUUUUUCUGUUUGCUCAGUUAUUUGUCACUGUUUUUCUAAAGGUUUAUGACAAACCUACUGGACUUCUUUCUGUCAAUUUUUUUUCAAGGCAGGCAAAUGUAUAGAUACUUAUGUGGGACUGUCACUUCUGAGGUGCUUUUGCAAAGAUGUCUGAUCUGCUUGAAUGGUAGUGUAGUGUUUGUAGGACUUGUGUGUCUAUAAAACUGGAGUGUUUGGGGAAAAUAUCACAAUCUCAGGAUCAUCCGUAGAUUGAUUUAUUUAUUUUUACAUUUAUUUUUACACAUGUGCAUGGUGGACCCAUAACUUUCAUCAAACCAUUCAAACGGUAUAUUUUAAGUCAUCCUUUUAGACACAUUUCUAAUGUUGCUUUCUUGCAGUCUUUUAGAAAUACCAAUAGGGGUAUUCAAAAAAGUCAGAAUUGUCUGGAAAUUAAAGUGAAUUUCAAAUUUAAGGCCACAGUAGACCAACUGGAAGCAUAGCUGACUUGAACAGUUCAGCUAUAUUGGCUGUAAAUUAUGAAUUCCCAGCAAUUCUCACUUUAGUAACUAACCCUGAAAAAGUAAAAUUUGUGUAUGUUAGUCUUCUUCCGGGAUUGAUCUAAUGUUUUUGCCACCCUUGCAGGUGGAUGUACUGCUGAGCAUUGAGCAGCUAAAGGAUGAAAUACGAUUUUUGAAAGAAAGAUACAGUGUUCAGAAGAAGCUCGCUGCUCUGAGGACUUUCACAAGCACUGAAACAGCAAAGAAAAGGGACAGUGACACUUCUGUCCCUGAGAAUUACAAUGAGCGAAUGUUGCUUCUCAUGGAGUGGGUUAAUGCAGUGUGUGCCUUUUACAGCAGUAAAGUAAGGAACUCCUAAAGUUUAUAGCAAUGUCUGUUUCAUAUCCAAUUGGCACAUGAGUACUGGUGCCACUUUUUAGUCUGUCCAUAUGUGUAAUAAUAUUUAACACUUUAUUUUUUCCAGGUUGAAAAUUUUACAGUCUGCUUUUCAGACGGGCGCAUUAUCUGUUAUUUGAUUAAUCAUUAUCACCCCAGUUACUUGCCACUACAUGAUAUAUGCCAGCGAACCACUCAGACUAUUGAAUGUACAGAAACUGGAACUGUGGGGCUGAAUUGCUCCUCUGACUCUGACAGUUCAUUGGAUCUUUGGCCUGGGAUGGGUGACCAAGGUAUCUUGUUUUCAUAAAUCAUAAAAAAAGUUUCUCUUGUUUCAACAUUUUACAUAUAUUUAUUACAUAUAUUUAUUUAUGCAUGUAAAAAUAUUUGUCUUUGAAGGCUUUACCACUUCAGCUGUCUAUAAGGAACUGCUGGAGAAUGAGAGGAAGAAUUAUAGCUUAAUACAUACAGCUGUGUCCAAUCUUGGAGGGAUUCCAACCAUGAUCCAUCAUUCAGAUAUGUCCAAUACAAUCCCAGAUGAGAAGGUAAGGAAUGCUUAUUGCACAUUACAACUUUUAUGUGUCGGACAUUUUUAUUUAUUUGUAUUCCCUUGUGAUAUUGACAUAUAUCCUGGAACUAAAGUGCAUUUAGUAGGAACACCCUUACUGUGAUUGUUGCCGCCAUCUUCCUAUGAUCUGCAGACAAACCAAAAUGUGUUUUUAAAAAUGAACAUACAACCAAAACACUAACUUUUAGUACUCCAAGUGACCAUUUCUCUAGUAAUAUUUUAUUUAUUUUUGUUCUGACUGGAUCUGCAAUUGCCACCAUAUGCAUAGCUACACAAUAUCCAUUAUAGUUUGUAUUUGAACUAUAUUACAGCUGUUUAUUGCUUCUCAAUACAUCAUUUCUUACUGAUGUACUGAGAAUCCUAUUGGCUUUACGUUUAAUGGUUUUGUACUACAUCCAUAUUAAAUACAUGUUGUUCUUCUAUAACUUUACAUAAACACAAUACAUGUAUUGGAAUUUACAGUGCCUCUUUUAAAUGAUGAUUCCUUGUGGAUUUUAGUUGAAUACUUGAAAAAAAAUGCUAGUCUAAUGCUCUCUCAUAAGGAGCAAAAAAUGGGCCAGCAUAACUACUUGUGUGGUAUAUAUCACACAAUAACAUUAAUUGUAAAACUAUCGUGUGCCUGCCACUACUGCUUGCUAAUCAUGUGACAUUAUUGUCUGGGCUUUCUGGUACAGGUUGUGAUCAUUUACCUAUCAUUUCUGUGUGUGCGGCUCUUGGAUCUGUGCAAGGAAGCAAGAGCAGCAAGAGUGAUUCAGGCAGCAUGGAGGAAGUACAGACUGAAAGCAGAGGAGCAACUUCAGCAGGUUACUGUUCUUUUUACGUCUGCUGGGAGUGAAGCUUUGUAAAAACUCUAAUUAUACAGACUGUAUUUUGCGUACCCCUUUCAUUAGUAAACAGGCUGAUUUCAUUUUUAUAAUGUGCGUGUAUGUAUGUGAGGAGGAGAGACUUCUGAUUGACUGCACUCAAGGGUCUUCUUAAAAAAAAAAAAAAAAACCUCUACAAAGUAGCUAUAUUGUAUCCAAAAUCUGAAUAUGUUAAAAUGUAUUUAAAAAGUCUUUUAAAAAAUACAAUUCAAAUAAACUCUGCUUUACAGAGGAAGCACAAAGCAGCCUGCAUUAUCAAAGCUGCAAUAGUUCGAUAUAUCAAGAGAUGCCAAUUAAAGAAGAAUCUUGCCGCAGUUGUCUUUCAAAAGUGGUGGAGAAGACAUCUAGCACGGAAGCAACUUGAAAGGUUAAAAGAACACCUACGGAUGGAAUCUCAAGCUGUAAUCAUCCAGGUUGGAAUACAGAUUUCAAAUCGUCUCAGAUACCAUGACAUGUGCUUUAAAGUGAUAGCCCUCAUUUCAUGUAGAUAAUUCAUUUGGAAUUGCAUUGCAUCCUUAAAAAACUCCCAUUAAGCCACCUAAAUACACGUAUGCUUAAAAUGUCUAAAUUAUCAAUCAAAUGUUAGGAUGACAUCUAUAUAUUUUAUUUUCUUUUUUUACUUGCAGCCAGGUAUAGUGCGUGUUUUUGUGUCUUUUCUGCUUAGGUACAGUGCCAAGGCACCAGAGUUCAUUUGCUAUUCAAGAUGUAGUACUGACAAUCUAUCACCAAGUAAAAAUAGAGAACAUGGAUUUUCGUAUUUAAAUUUUUUUUUUUCCGAAAUGUCAUUGCUAAAUUUAUUUUGGCUUUUCAACAAACCACUCUGCCUUAGUGAUUUAAUGAGAGGACAUCUUAAAUAAGUCUGUCUAUACUUGUCAAAUGUUUAGAUUGUAAGAAUCUCAACAUACAUGCAGGUUGUAUAAUGUGCUUUUAUCAUUAACUGACAUCAACAGACUUUUUAAAAUGCCUAUUGUCCGUUUAGAGUUCUCUUUAAACUCUUUAAAAGAUUGAAACUGUUUCUAUACAUAAUACUUGACAGAUGAAGUCAGUGCAAUGCUUUGAGAUGAUUUUUGAAUUCUGGUAGCACUAAACAUAUCUAACUUUUGUACUUUACUUUUGCAGAGGUUUUGGAGAGGUUACUUGGCAAGAAAGCGUUACAUUAAAGCCAGGCAUUACAUUAUCCUCCUACAAGCAAAAGUACGGACGAGAAUUGCUGUUGCUUCCUACAACAGGGUGUUGGUGGCCACUGUUACUAUCCAACACCAUCUACGUUCUUGGCUAUUGACAAAAAGGAACCGUGAAAAAUAUAUCCAGCUAAAAUCUGCCACUGUGGUCAUCCAGUCUGCUUUCCGAAGAUGGAAAAGGAAACAUUUAAGAAGAGUAACAGAAGCAGCCUUAGUGCUUCAAAAUGCAUACAGAAGGUGGAGCGCACGUAAACUAAGAGCACAAAAUACUGCUGCUGUUACUAUUCAAUCACUGUAUCGCAUGCACAGAGAAAGGCAAAACUAUCUACAACUCCGAUACAAAGUAAUAAAGAUCCAGUCUUGGUUCAGGGGUAUGAUACAAAGAAAAGCAUUUUUAAACAAACAGAAAUCCGCCCUAAUGCUACAGAUCUACUACCGGGCAUACAGGCAAGGAAAGGCAAAGAGACAGCUCUUCCUGGUUAGACGAUCAGCGGCAAUUUCUAUUCAGAGAUGGUUCCGCAGCAGAAGACAAGCAAGGAGUGAUAAAGAGAUGUUCUUAAGGACAAAAAGAGCUAUUGUUUGUCUUCAAGCUGGCUACCGUGGUUGGACUGUAAGAAAGCGAAUCCGAAAGCAUCACUUGGCUGCGAUAUGUAUUCAGUCUGAAUUUAGACGAUUUGUCUGUCAGAAAAAACUAAGAGCUAAGAAGAAUGCUGCAGUUAAAAUACAGCAGUAUUACCAGGCAUUGCUUGCCGGCAGGAAGGAGAGGCAGCAUUACCUCAAACUCUGUUUGACUGUUAGAAAAGUUCAAGCUCUGUGGAGGAGCAGAGUAAUACAAGUGAAUGAGCGACGAUGCAAAGCAGCAACCUUGAUUCAGUCCUAUUACAGAAUGCAUGCCUGUCGGGCCAUGUAUAGUACUAAGAAAGAAGCCUGCACACUGAUUCAGCAGCAGUACAGAGCAUAUAUAGUAGGAAAAUCUCAACGCUUAUUGUACCUGUCAAUAAAAGCCGCUGCAGUUGUUCUUCAGGCUGCUUAUAGAGGAUGGAAUACAAGAAGGCAAGUUCUGAAUCUCAAUUUAUCUGCUUCAAUUAUCCAGGCUUCCUACCGAUCUUAUAAGUUCCGAAAGGAGUAUGUUGGCAUGAGGGCUGCAGCUCUCUCCAUUCAGAGAUAUUACCGUGCCACUAUUUGUGCCAGGUUGCAGCAGGCAGAGUAUAUGCGUUUGCGAACAGCCACUAUUAAAUUGCAGUCUAGUUACCGAGGUAUGAAAGUCAGGCGAAAAAUAGUCCAGAUGAACAGAUCUGCAGUUAUAAUCCAAUCUUGGUUCAGAAUGCAUCAAACAUGUGUCAGAUAUCAGAAGAUACAGAUGGCAGCUGUACACAUUCAAGUGUGGUAUAGAGCUGUACAAAAGAGAAAGGAGGUACAGAAACAUUUUCUACGGCUGAAGAAAGCAACCUGUGUUAUGCAGGCUGCGUGGAGAGGUAGAAAAGUCAGGGAGCAAAUGAAACACAUGCACAAAGCUGCAACCGUUAUUCAGUCAUGGUGUAGGAUGUACAAAGAACACAGUUACUAUCAAAAACUGAAAGUGGCAACUGUUGCAAUGCAGCAGCGCUACCGUUCGUCUAUAGAAAGGAAAAACCAAGUGGAUCAGUACAAGCGCAUCAUGAACUCCGUACUCCGCAUCCAAGCAGCCUUCCGAGAAAUGAAAGCCAGACAGGAGCACAAGAAUAAACUCAAGGCAGCUACCGUAAUUCAAAGCAGUUUUAAAGCCUAUUUGGAAAAACGAAGAUUCCUUGCUCUUCGAAGAGCCGCUAUAAUAAUUCAGCAAAGAUAUAGAAUGAAGGUGAGUGCAAACAAACAGAGACUGAUUUAUAUCCAACUUCGGAAAGCUGCUGUUGUUGUUCAGGCUGUGUCUAGGGGCCGUAAUGUGAGAAGAAAGAUUAGACAGAUGCAUGCAUCUGCUGUAGUCAUCCAAGCUGCGUUUCGCAUGCACAAGACCAAAGCUGCAUAUCAUGCAAUGAAACAUGCAUCAAUUAUUAUACAGAGAUGGUAUAGGACAUGCAGGCUGGCUGUCUAUGAAAGAAAGCGUUUUUUGAUGCAGCGUCAGUCAGUCGUCCUUAUUCAAGCAGCAUACAGAGGGGCAAUAGAGAGGCAGAGGCUGCGUAGAAUGAUCAAAGCAGCUUCCAAAAUCCAGGCCUAUGUCAGAAUGUUUCUGUGUAGAGAUCGGUACCAAGAACUUCAGUGGGCAGUAUGUGUAAUUCAACAGAGGUACAGGGCAAACAAGAUGCGAGACUUUGAAGUAAUGCGUUACACUUUCAUAAAGGAAUCUGCGCUAUGCAUACAGGCUGCGUAUCGAUCUUGGAAGGCAAGAAAGCGAGAGAAAAAAAUGAAUGAGGCGGCCAUUGUAAUCCAGAGACUUCUGAAAACAUAUGUAGAACACAAACGAUUUAUCUCUGUAAAAGCAGCUGCAGUUGUUCUACAGAGACGGUACAGAGCUACUGUGUUGGCUCGGGAACAUCAGAAAAAAUUCAAAACUAUGCUCAGGGCCACUGUCUGCAUCCAAACUUUCUACCGAGGAGCUAAAGUAAGAAAAGAACUCUUAUUAAAUCAAAGAAUGGCUACUAAAAUACAGUCUACGUUCCGCAUGUACAGAUCACGCAAGUUGUAUCAGGAAACGCAGUCUGCAGCCACUGUUGUUCAGACAUGGUACAGAUCUGUUGUAAUAUGUAGACAAACACGUGCAUCAUAUCUGGAACUUCGUUGGUCAACCAUACGUUUACAAGCUGCUUAUAGAGGAUUGCAAGUCCGCACUAAUAUAAAAACCAUGCACAGGGCAGCAACUAUAAUUCAGUCCUACUACCGAAUGCAAAUUCAAUGCAAUUACUACAAGCGUGUGUUAGAAGCCACGAGAAUGAUACAAAAACGAUUUAGAGAGACAAAAAUAAGAAAUUCACAACUGCAACUGUACCAGAACACCAAAAAAGCAACAAUUUUGUUGCAAGCUGCUUUCCGUGGCAUGAAAGCAAGAAAGAGGAUUCAAAGUAUGCAUCGGUCCUCUAUAAUCAUCCAGAGAUGCUUUAGAGCUUACAUACAGAAAAGGUCCUGUAUGGAGCUUAAAUGUGCUGUAGUUUGCAUUCAAAGAAAGUACAAAUCCAUCCUCCUUGGCAGAUCUGUGCGUCGGGAAUUCCUUGCUUAUCAUAAGGCUACGGUGUGUAUUCAGGCUGCGUACAGGGGAUUUAAAGAGCGUAAGGCACUUAAGCAGCAGCAUAAAGCAGCAACUAAAAUCCAGUCUGUGUUUAGGAUGCAUAGACUGUAUGUCAAAUAUCAAACCAUUAAAUUAGCUGCCAUUUCCAUACAAAGCUAUUACAGACUUUCUGUUACUGCCAGGCACGAGCGAGAUCAAUACGUGCAACUUCGUAAGGCAUCCAUUGUUAUACAAGCAGCAUACAGAGCCACCAGAACCCGGAAGAACUUAAAACAUAUGUUUAAUGCAGCUGCCAAAAUCCAGGCUUCUUAUCGAAUGCAUGUUCACAGAAGAUACUUCUUAGAAUUACGGAGGGCUGCUAGAACCAUUCAGCAACGGUUCAGAGCAAAUCGUGAAAGGUAUAAUGCAAUGCGAAAAUACAGAGCAGUUAGCAAUAUUGUUCAGCGCAUCCAGUCAGCCUUCCGUGCAAGAAAGAAAGCAAAAGAGACUAGACUGACCACUGCAGCCACCAUGAUCCAGUCAAAAUGGAAGAUGUACAGGGCUAGAAGAGAAUUUGUAAAUACAAAGGCUGCCGCCAUCACAAUACAAGCAGCCUUCAGGGGCUAUAAGGCUAGAACAAUACAAAAAGAAAGGAAAAGAGCUGCUUGUUACAUACAGAGGUGGUACAGAAGCAACCGUUUGGCUCGUUUACAAAGAGCUAAAUAUACGACCAUGAGGCAAGCUGCCCUUGCAAUUCAGUCAGCUUUCAGAAGAAUAGUUGCAAGACAGCUUGCACAAAGAGAGAGUGCCGCAAGAAAAUUGCAGUCUGUGUUUCGCGUGGUUGUAUGCCGGAAAAGAUUUCUAAAACUCAGAGAAGCAGCUAUCACGUUGCAGUCCUAUUACCGGCUGUACAGAACUUGGCGUAUGUAUAGGAUGAAGAGGGAUGCAGCCUUGCUCAUACAGCGAUGGUAUAGAUCAUGUGGUAGAAUGAAACACCAGAGAGAAACCUACCUGGAGUUGCGAAGGAGUGUUAUCUGUUUGCAAGCUGCUGUCAGAGGCUACCGAGAGAGGCAGACAUUUACAAAAAUAGUGACUAGUGCAGUAAUAAUUCAGGUGAGUGAGGUUUCAUAUACUUGCAAGCAAAUUUACUCUUGUAACUUAAAAUGGACAGUUUAUUGUACUUCUGUCUUUGUAAUGUUAGUCUUAUUGAAGGUCAGGCACUCCUUAGUUAUUGAGUGUAAAUCAUUGAUGUAACAUGUUUUUUGUACAAUUAUUAUAAAGCGCUACGGAAUCUGUUGGCGCUAUAUAAAUGGCAAUAAUAAUAAUACCUCCUAGUCAACCUGUUGGUUUUGGAGUCAUUUAGUAGCUGAAAGUGUUCUUGAACUGCAUAUAUUAUAGCAAACUGGCCAUGUGUGGCUUGUGAAUUGAGGCACUAGUCAUCCACUAGUGGUGGCUUUCUUUUGGAUGGAGUGAACCAUUUUAAAGAGACACUAUAGGCACCCAAACCACUUUAGCUCAUUGAAGUGGUCUAAGUGUGUAAUCCCAGGUUCAUUAACCCUGCAAAGCUAAUUAUUGCAGUUUUUAGGAUCCUACCAGACAGCCACUAGAGGGACUUCCGGGCUGUUAGCUUUUGGUUUCCUGACUGAUGCUGGAUGUCCUCACGCUAUGCAUGGGGACGUUCAGCGUCCUCUAAAAUCCCAUAGGAAAGCAUGCGCAUUAGAUCUCCCCCACCUGCUAACAUCUGAGGGUGAGGAGCGAAGGCAGAUCCGAGCAAGCACUGAGGGACAUCAGUGCUGGACCCAGGUAAGUGACAGAGGGGGUGUUUAACCCCUUCUGCACCACGAGGGAGGACGGGAGAUAUAGUGCCUGGGAAAAAAAGUUUGUUUUCCUGGCACUAUAGUUUCCCUUUAAGUUGACAUGUAUGUUACACCAGUAGUGAGCCUUGGCACAUAAUGGGCAUAUGUUUUGACUAUAUGUACGAUCGAUACAUGUUUAGCAAGCUUUUUUUUUUUUCUUUCUAAAGGAUGGUAUCCUCACGGCUUCAUUGGUAAGCGUUCAAAUAAAAAAAAUUGUCAGAAAUUAACUGGCACUCUAAGCACCUCACCACAUUGGUAUGCUAUGAUACAAUAUUCUAAAUUUGAUGCUCAUCAUAAAGGGUUUGAGAUUUUGCCAAACUGAAGUUUUUGUAUCUUCAGUGUAAUGGGUCAGUGCCAAGUACAAUGUGUGUAAAUUUUUUAAACAUUUUUAUUUUUUAUGGGAAGGGGCGACUUGUAGAUCUAGAUAAGUUGUUUAAAUCAUUGAAUUGGUAUAUGUCUCCAAUGCUAUUGAAAUGGAUGCUACUUUUUGUAUAGGUGUCGUUUAUUUUAUUUCCGCCUCCCCCACCCGUUUUUUAAUGUCUGUCUUUACAGGUUUUUUGGCGUGGUUUUAUGAACAGAAGACUCUUCUUACAGUAUAAAGCUUCGACACUGAUUAUACAACAGAGAUACCGUGCUAUGUGCCUUCAGAGAGCACAACGUGAUAAUUACCUUAAACUAAGAGCAGCAGCCAUUAAACUACAGGUGCAGAAACAUUUAAUUUUCUAUGAUUUGUAGCAACUGUAUGAACAGUCCCCAAGCUUUGACGCUGUUCCAAUGACCCCUCUACUACAAGUUCACACCUUUCCAAAAAAAAGUUAUUAGCCAUUAGAGACACCAGAUUUACUCCAAAAGAACAUAAUUCAGUCUUAAAAUGUCAGUAAUUUUUUUUUUAAAUAAUGUAGUAUUUGUAUCUCUAGCUAUAGGGAUUUUUUUCAUACAAUAGAACCAUAAAAUGUACAAGGAAAAAUUCAAAAGAACAGAAUUACAUUAGAAGUGUAUUGCACACAAAAAGUAACAUUUGUGAUUAAAACCACAUUUUUAAUGCAGUGCUAGAUAUUUCCAUUCAAAUAAGAUAUUGUUAAUUGACCUUUUAAUAAAGCAUAUUUGAUUUUAUAAUGCUGUCUCUAGUCUGAUUUAACCUCUCACCUUGAUUUUCUUGAACUACUAGCCUGUUUAUGUAAUAUGAGUCCUUAUGUUCAAUUGUGUGUUCUAAUUUAGUCUCAAUCUGUUUCUGGUUUGUAGGCCAUAUACAGGGGUUCUCAAGCUAGAAAACUGGUACGAAGAGAGUGUGCAGCUUGUGUUAUUCAGAGAUUCUACAAAUGCUACAUGGUUCGGAGAGAUUAUAUCACAAUGGUCACAACAGUAAGGACUAUUCAGAGCUAUAUCCGAACGAAACAAGAGCGAGUCAGGUACAUUUAUUCUUCUAUAUGACACUUCAUGCUUUUGUGUUUUUGUUUGUGUUGGCCAAUGUCUCCCAUCCCCCCCUCGCCACUCCUUUAGGGGCUGUUUGGUUAGGUACUGUGGCUAUUAAUUGAUCAACGUAAAUCUGUAGUCAGCCAGAGUUGAACAAGCCAAAAUCUAUUUUUUUACUAGUGUGCCGGUGGGUCAAAUGGCCUCUUGUCUGUUAUUUUGGACUUACUAGGGAUAUAGCUCAGAGUUCAGCGGCUUGGGAAAUAAAAUGCAGUUUUAGCUGCAGACCAGAUUUGUUGAGAAUUAUUCUUUUAUGCCUUUCUAUUGCUUCAGGUUUCUGAAAAUCAAAAGCGCCACGGUUUGCAUCCAGAGGAGAUGGAGGGAGACUAUUGCUAGUAAAAUGGUUCGUCAGAUGUUCCUCAGAAAACGAGCAGUAGCUCUGAGACUUCAGUCUGCAUUCAGAGGACACAUUGUUAGGAGGGACAUGCUAGAGGUUUGUAUUAUUUUGUAUUAUGCUGGUUGUAGUGUCUUAGCUGUCCGUGUGACAUUCUCCUUUGAUUUAUCAUUUUUGGAAUUGUAAUUCCUUAAUGGGACACUCUAUACACUAUAACUACUACAUCCAUACAGUUUUGACUGUGUGAUAGAUUUUGAGCUUUUGGAAACUAUUGAUUCUGAAGUACUGUCAUACCUUUUUAUCUUUGUAAAUGAAUUGUGACGUUUAAAGGAAAUUAAAUAAAUAUCAUAAAUGAGCCCCAGGUUCCCAAAUUCUGGGUUUUUGAAGCAUUAAGCACUAAAUAUUUAAAAAACACUUUUUGAGCAAAAACUGUCUUGCAGUUCUGAAUUCAAAAUGGAUGCACCCAACCUUCCAAACUGAAAAAUAGCAGAAUUUAUAGAUUUACUUGCAUGUGUUUGAUAAAAUAUUUUAUGUUAUAAAAAGUAAAAAUAAAAAAAUUUGCAUACAUCUUUUGAAAAAAUAUUGUAGUUUUAAAUUUGUUAAUUUAUCUUUCUGAUUACAUACAGAAACAGAAUGCAGCUUGCAUUAUACAAGCAUCCUACAAAGGCUUUCUGGACCGCAGGAACUUCAUCAGAUUAAAGGCAGCGACUGUAACUUUGCAGACUUAUUUCAGAGCUGUUUUACAUGGGAGGCACGAUCGAUUUCAUUUCAAACAAGCAAAAAAUUCUGUUGUAAGAUUGCAAGCCAUUACACGAGGAUGGCUUGUCAGAAAGGAGGUAAUGUCGUUUUUAUUAAGCUAAUGCAAUUAGGUUCCCCAUUCUAUUACAUGGAAACAAACCUGGGAUAUGAAAAUAGCCUCAAUUUGUGGAAUUUUAUUGUAUAAGCAUUUCAAAUAAUUAAAUCUUUAGAUAAAUAUCUUAAGGUAAUUUUUUUUAGAUAUAAUUUUAGAUAUUUUAAUAUUUUGAAAAAGGGUUUUACAUUGUAUCCAAAAAUAUUAAAUUAUUUGAAAGGCGUAUCCAACAAUAUUACAUUAAAGGACCACUCUAGGCACCCAGACCAUUUCAGCUUAAUGAAGUGGUCUGGGUGCCAGGUCCAGCUAGGGUUAACCCAUUUUUUUUAUAAACAUAACCGUUUCAGAGAAACUGUUUAUAAAUGGGUUAAUCCUUCCCCCAAAGCCUCUAGUGGCUGUCUUAUUGACAGCCUCUAGAGGCGCUUGCGUGAUUCUCACUGUGAAAAUCACAGUGAGAGCACGCAAGCGUCCAUAGGAAAGCAUUGAUAAUGCUUUCCUAUGCGACCGGCUGAAUGCGCGCGCAUUCAGCCAACGGGGAGGAGGAGGAUCGGAGGAGGAGAGCUCCCCGCCCGGCGCUGGAAAAAAGGUAAGUUUUACCCCUUUCCAGAGCUGGGCGGGAGGGGGACCCUGAGGGUGGGGGCACGAUCAGGGCACUAGAGUGCCAGGAAAACUAGUGUUUUCCUGGUACUAUAGUGGUCCUUUAAGGCCAAUAUUUGAAGUUCAGCAAUCGGGUUAUAUCUCAACAUAGAUUCACCUUUGAAUGUCUCUCAUUCACUCCAAAGUAAUGAUCGUGGUGAUUGUUACUAUUACUGUCUGCUGAGAGUGGCUGAGGUCUCACAUAAUCUUCCGAUUGAGUUCUGCAAUUAUGUCAUAAGCCACUGCUGUUAUGGGUAUGCACAUAUUUGUAUAAUGAGCACAAAAUACCAAUACAGCCAAGAAGCAUAGCAUCAUUUCUAUUUGCUUACAAACUGCUCCUUUCCAAUCCCCUCCUGAUAUUAAUGAGAAGUAUGUGCAUGUCACAUUAUUAUUAUUAUUAUUAUUAUUAUUAUUAUUAUUAUUAUUAUUAUUAUUUUUUGAACACCAAGAAACUGGAAGAUAGUAGCAAAAACCCCUUAUUAAAGAAAGCAUCCCAUGGAUAAAACUUAAAAUGUGAAAUAUAAGUAUUAGUAUGAAAAGGUCCUAGCAUGAAUAGGCUAUUAUUGAUAGGUUGGGGGCUAUCUUUGUUUGAAUGGGUGCCCCUCGAAGGCACCGUAGGGAUAGUGUAUAGUUUUCACAUGUUUCUCUAUUUCUUUAUGCUCUCUCCCCUUACCUCUCUUAGAUAUACCGUUAAAGUCUUUUUGCUGUAAUAACAUAUUGCACCAGGUAUAUCAAGGAUAGCUGAUUAUCCCCCCUCUUAACCUCUGAGAUUCUCUUCUAUUUAUUUUUCUUUUUUUCAUUAAGUUAAGUUACAAUUCUUUCUAGGAGGCUAUUACAUUGUAUUAAGAUGGCUCUCGCAUAUGGGUUUUUUUUUUUUUUUUGGACGAGACAGGCAGGUUUACUAUGAUUUUUAAUGUUAGUCUGUAUUCUCUGGAUAUGCUUACUUAGACUUGUUUCUUAAGUUCUAAUUCUUUACUUUUGACUUACACACUCUUAAGCCUAUUCAUGCUAGGACCUUUUAUACUAAUAUUUAUAUUUCACAUUUUAACAGACUCUAAUAAAAGUUAAGUUUUAUCCAUGGGUUGCUUUAUUUAAUGUUUUUUUUUGUUUGUUUUUUUACGAUCUUCCCUUUUUAUCAGUUUCUUGGUGUUCAAAUACUUUUUUUAGACUGUCUUUUUGGAACUUGGAGGCUGCAGGUGUGAUUUUUAUGAUGCAAGUUCAUUUGGCAUCAUCCACAAAAAUGCAGGAUGGCUGUUUGCAUAAUUCUCUGCCACAUGUAUUCUUGCAGUUUACAUGCUUGAAGUCUCUUUAAAUCAUAAGAGUGUUUAUCAAACAUUUAAUGGAUUUCCCCACUGUAACAGAGGUUAAAUCUGGGUGUGAAACUCUUUCUAGCCUGAUCAUUGAUUGGAUCUGCCCUGUUAGACUGUCUAAUAGAUUACUAGAAGUAAUAGGAUCAAUUGGACAUUCCCUUCUUGUCAUUACAAAAUUAACAAAAUACUAGUGUUUGUGUCUUUUGUUUUGUGUGUGUGUUUAAUCAUUCUCCAUUAUGUAAUAUGCCAUUAUUUACAGCUUACACGUUUAAAGAGAGAAGCUAAUCUCCUGAUGUUCAGCACGGUAGCUCGCCACCACCUCUGCGCUAUGAAAAUUCAGAGGCGUUUCCGCAUCUAUCUUGCUCUGAAGAGGGCACAAAAACAAAUUAGUCAUGUGAUUUGCAUUCAGGUAAAACAUUGCUGUUUAUCCCAUUCUAUAUUUGCAAUUUCUAAAUGCCAGCACAUGCCAAACUUUUCCCUUUGUUCUUGCAGAGGUGGUUCCGCAGCAAACUGCAGCGCAGGAACUUCCUCAUCACCCGUGGUAAGGUAGUCCUUCUGCAACAUGCAGUGCGCACUUGGUUACACCACAGGAAUGAGGCAGCACGUAAAAUCCAGAGCUGUGUGCAGGAUUUCUUACUCCGCCGGAAACAGGCAAAAGUGAAGAACGGAAUAGUCAAAUUUCAGGUGACUGACAUUUCACUUUGUUAAAACACAAGGCAAAAACAAGGAACAGUUCUCAAUCUCUCACUGCAGGGUUUUUUUCUCAGUCACACCAGAGAUGAUGAUCCUAAUGACCGGGCUAAAUUGUAAUUUACUUUCUUGUAUGCCUCUAGUGAAACAUGGUUUUUAAAAAUAAUUUACAAGAAUCGCAAACCGACUUCAGCAAGGUCUCUAAAACUGAUAUUUGAUAUCUGUAGUAAAACCCCUGACCCGUUCGAAGUUUCCAGAUGGUUUUAACACUUUCCUGGUUACCAGGCACAAACUAUUGUGAUUGUGGUGCUUAGGCUACCCCUUUAAAGGAUCUCUCAGGGCACCGAAUUCAGGGGUUUGGUGUUGGUACACAAAUCCUUAGACUCCAAACUCUUUGAUACCUUUGACUCAUUGUAUGAUGUACUGUAUAAUUAUUUUACAAAUAACUAUAUGCUAGUGAAUAGUGACUUACUUGCUGAAUAUAGACCUAAACCUAUAUUGCACCUCGAAUUUUUGGAAGUCGGCUUUUAUGCUGGAUUGACUUAUCUAUUGGCAUAUAUGGUACAUCUCUACUGAUUCAGACUCCAGUAACCCAGUAAUUGUUUCCGUCCCAGCACGGUCAUAAUGACUUCAUCUCAAUCACAAGAUGUCCUUGACGUCAUCUUACAUGAUGGUAUCAAAUAGGUUUUUAAUGGUUUAUAAGUCCCAAACUGUGACUGCACCCAUCCACUUAGAUCAUUUUUGGUGAACGUCAGUUUGUCCGCUCACCUUCAUCUGUGGUGUCUUACCAUUCUGGAUUAGUGGAACGGAUGCUUUCUGUACCUUGUGUAUCGUUAGUGUUAAACAGUACUCCUGCAAAAUUCUAUCUACCUGGGGGAUGAGGCUUAUACACUGUACAUUAUCCUGAAAAUGGUUGGAUAGGCAAUGAUUGUUGUGAACACGGGGACCGGAAAAUGUAUUUUAUCGUAUUCAGCCAACCAGAAUGUACACGUUAGUACGUGACGCAGCUUUCCAUUUCCGUUGUAGCUUAAAUUUACAGUAGGAUCGCUUCAUCCUUAAAUACCAUUCAUCAAUAAAUACCAUUGACCUGGUGUUAUAUGGUCUAUAUACCCAGAAUACAACUUAAUCUUAAUAUUUCCAUUAUGGGAAAAUACUUUUAUAGAUAAAGAUUGUUACAAGGGGGUUCCUAUGAUUCAUUUAUAUAUUUUUUUUUUUUAUAUGCAUCAUGCACUAUGAAUCUUUCUGUAACAAUUAUUUUUUUUUUCCAGGCUCUUUGGAGGGGCUAUACCUGGAGGAAGAUUAAUGACACAAAAGCAUUAUGUGCCCUAAGGAAGCGCCUACAAAAUGUUAAUCAGGAGAUAAAAGAAGAGAAUAAACUUUACAACAGGACAUCUGUAGCAGUAGGGUACCUCCUGUCAUAUAAACACCUCUCCUAUAUCCUUGCUGCCCUCCAGCACCUUGGUAAAUAUUGCUUAGUACCACAUUGUAGUUUUUUGUCAUCUUGAGAAUGUAGAUAUUUUCAUUCUAUGAGUUGUCAGUUCCAACUUUUGAUAACUUUUUUUUCUAGUGUUUUUCUAAAAGAAUUUCAAAGUCCCAAAUGCCAUUAUCAACUACUGAUGGUGCAUAAAAGUCUGUCUGUAAACUGCUACAAGCAGCACUGACUGGCUUAUUGUUGUUGACCAUUUUUAUGGAGAUGGGGCCAAACUGCGCAGGGGCCUUUGUAUAUUGUUUAACCACCCUAUAUUAAUGAAGUAGUUAUAGUACUUAAACUUCACUAGCGCUGUCCCUACCCUCAACAUAUAUGGUUUAAGUGCUAGUUUGCUCCUUUUGAAGGUUCACAUUUUCUAAACUAAAUACAUUCUCAAUUGUUAAAUGCCUUGCUCUUCCUUUGUAGAGGUUGCUACCAGAUUGUCUGCACUUUGCUGUGAGAACAUGGCGAAAAGCGGUGCAGUGAGGAUUAUUUUCACACUGAUUCGCAGUUGUAACCGGAGCAUUCCCUGUAUGGAGGUUAUCAAACUAGCCGUCCAGGUACUGCUCAACCUUUCCAAGGUAAGCUAUGAGGAAGGGCAGUUCAAAACAAAGAUAUUUUACAUGCUUGCUUCCAUUUAAAAAAUAAAUAAAUAAAAAAUGCACCAAGUAGGUCUGCAUUGAAAACAACUUAAAAGAAUGUUAUAGUCCUGUCCCCUCUCCUUCCCCUCCCCGAAAAAAAUAGUUUAAGCUGAUUUAGAGUAUAGAUUAUACAGUCUCAAUACUCAAUUCUCUGCCAUUUAAUAGUUAAAUCACCUUGUUUAUGCAGCCCUUGCCACACCUCCAUGCAUGAGACUUGUACAGCCUUUCUAUAUACUUCUUGUAAAGUCAUCUAAUGUUUACACUACCUGUAUUGCCAAUAGAGAUGUCGCGAACCGUCCGCGAACCUCUCGCCGCGAACUGUUCGUGGCGAAUUCCGGUCAGCUGACACAUCCCAGCCAAUCUCCAGCAGACCCUCCCUCCCAGACCCUCCUACUUCCUGGACAGCAUCCAUGUUGAAGGCAGCUUCAACAUGGAUGCUGUCCAGGAAGUAGGAGGGUCUGCUGGAGAUUGGCCGGGAUGUGUCAGCUGACCGGAGUUCGCGGCGGACGGUUCGCAACAUCUCUAAUUGCCAAUUCUAUUUAAUUUAGAAUAUCUUAUCUUCUACUCUAUUAAUGACUUGCUAGACCUUGCAGGAGCCUCCUUUUAUAUGAUUAAAAUUCAAUUUACAGAGCAAGAAAUAAAAAUGUGACGUUAACAUGAUCUGAUUGAAAAUGACACAAUUUUUUUCAUGCAGGCAAUGUGAGGCAUAGCCAGUAGAGGUGUGGCUAAGACUGCAUAAACCGAAACAAAAGUGAUUAUAAGAUCUUAAAUCGUUACAAUGGCACUUAACCAGGGGUGGGAUAUAUUAGGCAGCAAGUGAACAAUCAGCUCUUGAAUUUCAUGUUGGAAGCAGAAAAAAAAAAGGGGAAGCGAAAAGAUCUAAUACGUGGCGCUUUGACAAGGGCCAAAUAAUAAGGGAUAGAUAACUGGGUCAGAGCAUCUCCAAGACAACAUGUCCUGUAGGAUGUUUUCGGUAUGCAGGUGGCAUAUGAGGAGUGAAAGCUAACCUGUCUGGUACAAUUGCACAGAAGAUCUACUGUAGUUUAAUUUGCUGAAAAACUUGAUGCUGGCAUUAAUAGAAAGGUGUCAGAACACAGUGUUUUGCAGUUUGCUGUAUAGCCACAGACCAGUCAGAACCCAUAAUGACCCCUGUCCAUCGCCGAAACAAGAGUGUCCGAACUGGACCAUGAAGCAAUGGAAAAAGAUUGCCUGGUUUAAUGAAUCAAGUCUUGUUUUAUAUCAAGUGGAGGGCCGGGUGCGUGUGCGUGUGCAUAGUGUACAAAUACACAAAAAUAAGUCUGUCGCUCAAACUCAGACUACUCUUGUGCGGCACCAACGACCAUAGUACACAUCAGCCCCAAUACAUACAGUAAAAACUGUAUGUAUUGUUUACCUGGGGAAGAGAUGGCAACAGGAUAAACUAUGGGAAGAAGGCAGGCCAGCAGAGGCAGUGAUAUGCUCAGGGCAAUGUUCUGCUGGGAUAACUUGGGUCAUGUUACUUUGACACAUCACCUACUUAGAGAUUGCUGCAGACCACGUAUACUCAUUUAUGCCAGUGGUGUUCCCUGAUGGCAGUGGCUUCUUCCAGAAGCAUAAUGCAUCCUGUCACACUGCAAAAAAUGUUCAGGAAUGGUUUGAAAAACAUGACAGAGUUCAAGGUGUUGCCUUGGCCUCCAAUUUCCCCGGAUACCAAUCUGAGUAAGUAUCUGUGUGAUGUGCUAGAACAAGAAAUCUGAUCCAUGGAGAUCCCACCAUCGACUUGAAGGACUUAAAGGAUUUGCAGCCAAUAUCUUGGUGCCAGAUAUCACCGGACACAUUAAGAUGUCUUGUUGAGUCCAUGAUUCGAGAGCUGUUUUGGCUGCACAAAGGGAACUAACACAAUAUUAGGCAGGUGGUUUUAAUGUUGUGGCUGAUCAGUGUACUGUAUAUGCACCUAACGUGAAUUUAUUGAAUCUGUAUAAAAAUGUGCCUGAGCAGCAUUGUUGUUAACCAGGACAGCAUAUACACAGACGACGAAACCUAUUUAUUCUGUUUGAAGCAGUGUUUCCAAAACUUGUCCAGAAGAACCGUGGUACAGGAUUUGAUUAACCAAUUUUGCUCCAACAGGCAAUAUCAGUGUAUGUAUAAACUGUUUGUAAUCUCUGCAGACUAGUAGUGAGUGGAACUGCUCUAGUUCCCUUUAAUUUAAAUACAAGAAAGCUAGCUGUUAACGCACUGCAUUUUUUAAAGUGAUUCCAGGCAACUCUUGCCAAAAGUUCAUUUUUGUUUCAAUCCACUGUAAACUGAAAUAAUAAAAUGUUUUUCCAUUUUGGUUACAGUACGAAGGCACAGUCCAGGUGGUGUAUGAGGUGGAGAAAUCUGUGGAUGUUCUGCUGGAUUUGAUGCAGAUAUAUAGGGAGAAAGCCGGAGACAAAGUAUCAGACAAAGGUGGAAGCAUCUUCACAAAGACCUGCUGUCUCCUUGCCAUUUUUGCACAAAACUCUCAGAGAGCUCAGGUAAGUGACACUUUGUGGGGGAUUGCUGCACAAGAGUUAAUCAUAAGGCAGCUUUAAUGUGGCUAGUCACCACAUUAAAAUGUUAGAAAUUAAAAGAAAUCUGACCUGCAUGUUGGCAUAAGGGAGGUUUAUACCUACCUUAUGCCCCAACCAGCCAUGUCUCUUGUGUAGAAUUUCUACUAAAAAGCCCAUGACUAAUCGCUGUAUUUUAAAAACUAGCAGCUCAGAAAGGCCCAAUGAGGCCUGUAAAAUAUCAGGCGAGGUCUGGCAUAGCGAGAGUCUUACCACCCCAACCUAGGGCGGCGGGCCAAGCAUCUUAACAUAUCGCAAUAGAGGGGGAUGUUUGUUUUAUUCUAAGGCCCUGGCCAUAUAUGUGGGGGUGGGUAGUGACCAUUAUAGAAAGUACCUUUAUAGAAAGUAAAACGGCAUGUACCAUCUAUAUAAUUAAUUCAUGCAUUACUGUAACUGUAUCAUUAUUUUAUUUAUAUAGUGCCAUCAGAUUCCGUAGCGCUGUAAAAUGGAUUUGUACACUCUGAUUUGUAUACUAAAUUGUUACUCUUAGAAUGAUACCCACCGAACAAUUUUGUACAUUAUACUAAACGUAUCUAUACAGGGAGUGCAGAAUUAUUAGGCAAGUUGUAUUUUUGAGGAUUAAUUUUAUUAUUGAACAACAACCAUGUUCUCAAUGAACCCAAAAAACUCAUUAAUAUCAAAACUGAAUAUUUUUGGAAGUAGUUUUUAGUUUGUUUUUAGUUAUAGCUAUGUUAGGGGGAUAUCUGUGUGUGCAGGUGACUAUUACUGUGCAUAAUUAUUAGGCAACUUAACAAAAAACAAAUAUAUACCCAUUUCAAUUAUUUAUUAUUACCAGUGAAACCAAUAUAACAUCUCAACAUUCACAAAUAUACAUUUCUGACAUUCAAAAACAAAACAAAAACAAAUCAGUGACCAAUAUAGCCACCUUUCUUUGCAAGGACACUCAAAAGCCUGCCAUCCAUGGAUUCUGUCAGUGUUUUGAUCUGUUCACCAUCAACAUUGCGUGCAGCAGCAACCACAGCCUCCCAGACACUGUUCAGAGAGGUGUACUGUUUUCCCUCCUUGUAAAUCUCACAUUUGAUGAUGGACCACAGGUUCUCAAUGGGGUUCAGAUCAGGUGAACAAGGAGGCCAUGUCAUUAGAUUUUCUUCUUUUAUACCCUUUCUUGCCAGCCACGCUGUGGAGUACUUGGACGCGUGUGAUGGAGCAUUGUCCUGCAUGAAAAUCAUGUUUUUCUUGAAGGAUGCAGACUUCUUCCUGUACCACUGCUUGAAGAAGGUGUCUUCCAGGAACUGGCAGUAGGACUGGGAGUUGAGCUUGACUCCAUCCUCAACCCGAAAAGGCCCCACAAGCUCAUCUUUGAUGAUACCAGCCCAAACCAGUACUCCACCUCCACCUUGCUGGCGUCUGAGUCGGACUGGAGCUCUCUGCCCUUUACCAAUCCAGCCACGGGCCCAUCCAUCUGGCCCAUCAAGACUCACUCUCAUUUCAUCAGUCCAUAAAACCUUAGAAAAAUCAGUCUUGAGAUAUUUCUUGGCCCAGUCUUGACGUUUCAGCUUGUGUGUCUUGUUCAGUGGUGGUCGUCUUUCAGCCUUUCUUACCUUGGCCAUGUCUCUGAGUAUUGCACACCUUGUGCUUUUGGGCACUCCAGUGAUGUUGCAGCUCUGAAAUAUGGCCAAACUGGUGGCAAGUGGCAUCGUGGCAGCUGCACGCUUGACUUUUCUCAGUUCAUGGGCAGUUAUUUUGCGCCUUGGUUUUUCCACACGCUUCUUGCGACCCUGUUGACUAUUUUGAAUGAAACGCUUGAUUGUUCGAUGAUCACGCUUCAGAAGCUUUGCAAUUUUAAGAGUGCUGCAUCCCUCUGCAAGAUAUCUCACUAUUUUUGACUUUUCUGAGCCUGUCAAGUCCUUCUUUUGACCCAUUUUGCCAAAGGAAAGGAAGUUGCCUAAUAAUUAUGCACACCUGAUAUAGGGUGUUGAUGUCAUUAGACCACACCCCUUCUCAUUACAGAGAUGCACAUCACCUAAUAUGCUUAAUUGGUAGUAGGCUUUCGAGCCUAUACAGCUUGGAGUAAGACAACAUGCAUAAAGAGGAUGAUGUGGUCAAAAUACUAAUUUGCCUAAUAAUUCUGCACUCCCUGUAAUGUAUGCACUGUAAUGUGCUUUGUUUUUUGUUUUUAAUUUUUAAAAUAUUUGUUUCUGUAUUUCCUUUAUCAAAUCUACACUAAACAAGAUUAUCUAUCUAUAUAGGGAAAAAAAAGAUAUCCCACAAACAUUGCAGUUUGCUGCAUUUUUUUGUUUUGUGUUUUUAAUGAUUUAAAUUAAUUUUUCUCCAACACUAGGAAAUCUGUUCCAUCCCCAAAGCUUUGGACCGUAUUCGUAGCAUAUACAAGCUGACAUGCCGCAAACACAUGAUGGACACAGAACGCAAUCUCGGCAAGCGGCGUAUGAGCACUUUGGCUUACAGCUAUAAUAUGCCCGUUCUGGCUACCCCAGCCAGAACAAAGGUUGUGUCACGGUAAGUCGCCUGUGUUUGAAGCCAUACAAUAACUUGCACAGUCCCUAUGUUCAUUACAACAGUCAAUGAAUUUUCAGAAACUCAAACAUAUGGUAUGUUUCUAGCUAACUUGGUGCCUGGACACUUUUUAUUUAUAAUGAAUGCUAACUGACAUGUAUUUAUUUAUUGUCCCUCCUUUGUAGAAUUAGGCCUGACUGGGUGUUGAGAAAAGAUAACAUGCGAGAAAUUGUGGAUCCUUUGAAAGCAAUCAGGAUGGUAAUGGACACGCUCAGUGUACCGAAGUAAGGGAGUCCACACAUAUAAGCAAAUUUUAUGUACCUGAUCUACUAAUACAAAGAACAAUGUUUUAUAAAUAUUCAUGAAGUAAAUAGCUUUUUGUACAGCACAUUUUUCUUUGCUAUAAUUGUACAAUAAAGUAAAUCUGAAUGUUUUGUAUUUUUGACCAGAGUCUGUCAUAUUCAUCCACAAUCACUACUUGCACAAUCUUUUAUAAAGACACGAUAAACCUGAAAUUAAUGUAUGCAUUUCUACAGGAGGCUUCAAAAUUUUAGUUUUUUUGCUUUUUUAAAAUUUUUUAUAAUACAGAGCACAUUACACAAGGUUUGUUACAUUGCAGUGAGAGCCAUUUUACAGACAAAACCUACCAGAGCAUUAUACUUCCAUGCAUGUAAUUUAUAGACCUUACCCACAAAUGUACUGUAGUUUGGUGCAUGUGUUUUUUUUUUUUUUUUAUUCUGCAUGUGAGUUACUGGAUGGGACAGGUGGGGUACCUGGGGUAAGAACAAAC